AUGUCUGAACCGAGUGGUUCUCGCGACGAAAACGAGGACAAACCCCGCAAGUGUAGCUUCAAGUUGAUUACGAGAAAGAAAAAAAUAACGAAAAAAACCACUCGGAUUAGUAUUGGAGAAUGCGGUGAAGCGAUGGGCAAAACGUGGGAAAAAGAAUCGUUCAAAGACCGGAAAAACAGAGGUUCUAAACGGGAACGGUGGCUAUUAACGCGAAAGACAUGGAGGUAUAUGGCAGACGCCGGACGGAAACUGAUACCAGACGGUACCGGAAACCGGCCAGAAGACGUGCCGAAAAUCGAAGCUUACUUCCAGGAAGUGUGUCAAAAAGAACCAAGAUUUUUACUGUGGAGAAAGCAAUCAUACCCGGGCGCGUUGGGUUUCAGAAGUCGCGGUAGACCGAGAGGGAACAGAUUUAAAUUGGGUAGUGUCCGGGAAAACGCUAGUAGUGCGGACGAAGCAGAAAAUAUAGUCAAAGUGCCCAGCGUAUCGUUUUUAGCGCAUCCCAGACCGGCCGGAAGAUACGAGUUGGAACAACUCAGGAAAGAAUUUUUAUUCGGUUCAUCCGAAAAUAGUACUCUACUAUCGAAUUAUCAAUGUCCCACGGAUUCCAAGUCGGAUUUGGUGCAAUUUAUUAACGACUGUAUCGGAAAUCCCAGUGAAGAAACGUCGCCGAUCGAGGAAUCUUCGCUAAACCAUGAGCAACUCUUGGAAAAACUAGAAAAUUACAUAUCGACGACAAGAGACAUGCGCGUGUCGCCGACGGAGAGUAGAAAAUCGCUCCGGACGAAUAUACUGGAAACCGACAACACCCAAAAAAACUUAUUGGAAACUCUAAGGCGGUAUUACGCGAGGUCGACCAAUCGGGAAAAAGUCAUAGGAGAUAUCUUAAUGGAUAGAAAACUGCUGGAAAACUUAUAUUUCGAACUGAGAAAAACUAGAGGAUUUUUGGGCCGAAGAGUUAUUGGUUCGUCGACAAAUUUAGGGCUCAGUUCAAUGAACUCGUUGAGUUCCACGUGGAAAGAUAAUCCGAGAAAAUACGACAGAGUGAAUGCAUCAUCAUCCGAUUAUCUCAACAUAUUCAACGAUAAGAAAAAUAAUUUAUAUUUCAAAAACGAUAAAACGUACCAUUUAUCUUCCCCGCCGCCCGUUAUAGAGAUCGAAGACAUGGAACCCAAGUACAUCGAUGUUGGUAUUCAAACUGUACCCCUGGAACCGGAAGUAUUGGGUUUGAUUGAGGACGAAAACCGGAGAAAACUCGACUCGGUCGAGACGUCUGAUAGCUUAUCCAAGGUGCCCGCCAAAACUCUACAACGUAAAACCAGCAUCGAAAAUGACGAUAUAUCGCCGUCCGUGAGUGACACGAUAAAACGGUAUUUGAGAAUGGCCCGGAAAAAAAGCGUGGAAUCCGAUAAAGUGGACAGGUUUAAGCGGGUAAACUACGAUCGUAACAUAAGGAACAUCAAAGGCAAAGGCGAACCGGAUAUUUGCGAGGGUGACGAGACUAACCGGUCGAUACAGACGGACGAUUCAUGGGUGUCCGUUUUGAAAACUGUCGAUGAUAAUUCAAACUCGAGAAUAACGAGUUCCAGAAGCAGCAUCGAUACCGGAACGACGUUUAGCGGCGAAGAAUUACUGUCGCCUCCGUUGUCCCCAACGAAAUCUCUUACCGGUAAUAAUUAACACGGUAUUGUGUUAAAUGUAAUAUUAUAUGACGCAUACAGAUCCGAAUCGACCCGUAUAAUCGACGAGAAACGAACCGUCGUCGUAUAUUUUUCAAUAUAAUAUUACUGUGUAAUGAUUUUAUUAAGUAUAUAUUCUGGAGUUAGUAAUUUAUUAUGGCCUAGAAUAUUCCGGUUUCAUAAAAAAACACGAUAAAUGUACUUAUUUUUUUUUUUUUAUCAAUAUUUGAUUACAAUAAUAAUAAUAGUUAUUAAAAUGUACCGGUUUAUCAUUGUUUUUUUUUUUUUUUAAUUUUUUUUAUCGUCCAACAUGAGUUUUGAAAUAUGUUUCGAAUUUUUUUUUUUAGCCCCCGGAAUGCAGAAGUCAAGAUCCUCGACAAACGUUCAGCAAGGGUUUAUGUCCAAACGUAUAUGGAAAGGCCGUUCGAAAAGUCAGACCAGAACGAAUACCGUUGCGUCUCCUUGGACACCACUGGUGAGCGUUUUUCGGUUUUAAUCAGUCGAUUAUAUCAAUCGUAUUUCGAUUAAAACGAUUUAAUUAUAUACGAAUUAACAAUUGAACAACGCGCACUAACUUGGCUUUCAUAAUUCAUACAUGCAAUUAUACAGAUUGGUGCAAGAACCAAAGACAAAAAACUAAAAUGUCCAACAACUUCAAAUAUCCAAAAUUCAACUAAAAUUCAUAACCAUCUAUCGUAAUAAAAUCUUUUUUAAAUCGAUUUUAACGUUGACUCUUGUACCAAGCAACAGAAAUAUAUUUACAAAUGCUAUAGGUAGAAGUAUCGAUUAAAUAAUUAAUUGAUACAAAAAAAUUAUUUUUAUUGGCAAUAUUUAAUAACAUUGAUAAUUUUUUCGUUAACAAUUAAUUUUUAUAGUCGACGAUCAUUUUAUUUCGUCGAUUGUCUUGUAUGAUCCUAUUAUCUAUCUAUAAAAUUAAAAUAACAUAUGUUACGUCGUAUUUCAUACCUCUACGCGCGCUUGUGCCCUCCCGUAGAUGUGUUUAUGUUUAAUCGAAUUAUAAUAAUCGCAAAAUAUAUAUAUAUAUUUUUUUUUUUUCAUAAAAAUGUCGAAUUAAAAAAAAGUUAAUUUUUUUAUAAACUAAAUAAAUAUUUUAAACCAAAAUCUAUCUUGUCACCAAGUCAAGAAAUACACCAGACUGUUGGCAGUCCCAAAAUAUGAUCUAUAACAGAAAUCAAGGCCGUCGCGUACGGUAAAUUUUAGCAACGGAAAUAUGUCAUUUUCAAGAAUUUUACCUAGCGCAAAAAACAACUCAAUUCUGCGGCGAAUUCAUACAAAAACGGACAUUACGACUUUAAAAAAAAAAAAAAAACGAACUUCUAGCGCGUAUUUUUCGCGAUGACUUUUUGAUAAUAUUUUACGGUUUCUAUUAUAUAAUAUUAUUACAUUAUGCUGAUUUAUACACAGUAUUUUUUACACGAAUGAUAAUAUUUCAAAGUCGGAUGAUUAAAAUAUAGUUUACCACUUUUUACCUAUAUUAAAUAGUUAACUUGAGCCGUGCUUGAAUAAAAAAUAGUAAAAGUACUCUGUUGAUACGUACAAACUUUGCGUAGAGGCAAUUAGGCAGGGGCUUAAUUGAAACCGUAUACAACCGUGAGAGGCUGUUCCCACACACCCCCAUUAUAACACCCUGAAAUAUAUUAUAACCUCAAACCAUCAAAAAUUUCAUAACUUAUUAUGCUUACUUUCAAUGUUUAUAAACAGAUUGUUGAAGAGCGUAUACUAUUAUAGGCAAAUAAAAAUACUCCGAAACCUGUGUUAAUUUUUGGUAUUUUUGCAUUAUUAACUAACAAAAUUUCUUUUAAACAAGAUCUUGUAUACCAACAAAAAGUAUUAUCAUUCACCACAAACUAAGAUAGUUAACAUAAUUAUCACCAAAGAUACAUCAAUGUUAUGAUGAAUAUGCCAGGCAUAGUAAUUUAGAGAGUGACGCGUCCACCUCAAUAUUGCCUAUGAUAAUGACGUAUCACUAUUGCACACAUUUUGUAAACAGUAUUAAAAAUAUAUAUGUUAACCAAUAUUGUAAAAAAAAAAAACUAUAUAAAGUACCGUCUCGUGUAUCCUAAUUUUAAAAAAAACCUAGGGGUAGGUUAGGGUUUAAAUGAAAAUUUAGUUGGGAUCCUGUGUCCUCCUGUAUCCUUCCUUCAAAUCAAACACUGUACUUAGGCCUAAAAAGGAAAUAGAAAUAAUGUCUAUUUCAACAUAUUUUAAACGACUGUAACUUUUUCAAAAUAUUUUUUAAGUAACUUGCCCUCUGGAAUUCAGUUUUCUUUAAAUUUUACAAUACUUUAGAGUUUUUACACUAAAACCAAAAUCAAACGAACUACUCAUUCUGCCGAAGCAAGUUUUUGCUACGUUGCCCAAAGUUAAACUGAGAUAGGAGACGCUGAUCUGUGGCGUCAUCUAAACAUAACCAGAUUCGAAUAGUCGUAUACAUAUUAGAUUCUUAGUAUAGCGAGAGAUCUAUUGGUUUUACUAUGAUGUCUCUUUUAUGUCUGUAAACAAAUUUCCUAUUAGAAAUCUUCCUCCAAUAAAUAUUCACUAGAGUUCUUUUUUGUUAAUUUUUUGAUCUUAUUAGAACAUUAAAGAUCCCAUUUUUUGAUUUUCUUAGGGACUUUCAUAAAAAUUGGGAAAAAUUGAUAAUUUUUCGUAAAAUUGUUUUUGAUUUCCGGGUUACCAAAAAUAAGACCUACACACAGAAUCGUUUAUCAUUGCGUACAGAUGUAAAUAUAUAGGUAUAAACUCUCUUCGACCCUUCCGAUUUUCCUCAGUAGUAAACCUACCAGCUUUUUUUUUUCAAACUAUUUUGACUUGAUUACGAUUUUUUUUUUUUUUUUUAAUUUAUUGACAAAUUCCAGCCAAAACAUUACGCGUGUUACCGUUUGAACUAAAUACACUGCAGUAUUGUAGGCAAAAAAAUAAUGUCGACAGGAUUAUAUAUUAUUAUAAUGGCAAUGUGCAAUAUCGUAAUAUAUAGUAUAUUAUACUUACUUAUAAAUUGCACUGAUGUAUAAUUAUAAUAUUUUAUAUGAUGCCCCAGGGAAAAUCUAAUGGGGGAAGGAGAAAUAACAAUAUAAUGACAAUGCCCUCAAUUUCGCUUUAGUACUUAUAAACAAAUCAUUAAAAUUCUCGCGAAUAAGCUAAAAGUAUAAAAAUAGUGUAUAUAACUUAAUUUUAUACGCGCGCGGCCGUCUAUUAAAAAACCAACCUCGAACAGAUUAAUUUUUUGUUUUAUUUUUUUUUUUAUGUCAUUAAACAAAUAUUCGAAAACAUAAAAAAAAAAAAUGCAGGAUAGUAUAAAUAUUUAGGUUAAGCGUAUAUAAUAUUAUAUCAUUUUAUCACGAGCACGCGUAUCAUAAUAAACAAUAAUCCGGCACUGCGCGCAUAAUAUAUCGGACAAUUUCUUUGUUUACAUCUUGUAUACGGGUAUCCCGAAUCGAAUUAAAACGAUAAAACGAAAGUUAAAUUUUCUUCGUCCUAUCUGGCGUAUAAAACCGACCUCUUAAGACCAUCAUCCCGUCCAGACCUCCAGCCGUCUCUAUCUGAUAUUCUUGCUUUCCAAUCUAAUAAUUUUCCUCCAUAGUUCUUCUACACAUAUUUCUUGACUACCCGUUUAAAGCAAAAAUAAAAUAUGCGUUUUAAUGAAUGUACACUGCGUGUAUAUGUAUAUAUAUAUAUAUAUUAAACAAAUAAAAAGUUGAACAUUCUCCUAAUAAAUAAUUGAAUACAAUGUUAAAUUAUUAUACUUCUUCAAAAAAAUUUGUUAAAUUUGAUCACAAAAAUGAUUGAUGUGGUGGUUGAAAGUUGAAGUCUUCAAAAGACACAUUCUUCAUACUGAGACCAUGCAGAUACAAAAUUGCAUCCCCUCAUAUUGAUUAAAUGCUCUGUGGGGGGUGUUAUAAGGUAAGCAAAAACACACCUUUCACAACAACAUCUCAUAUUGAAAUUUACCUAUGAACCUAUAAUUUCCCCUAGAAGACCCACUAAAAGUGUACAAAAGUAAUACAAAACUUUUAAAAAUCUAUAAACAUAAAUCAUAUAAAACAAACUUAUAUAAAAUACAAUGCGAAAUUGUCAGUUUUCAUGGAUAGUUCAACAAAAAGUUCCGCGAGUAAUCAUAUCAACAUUUUAGAUUCGGUGCAUAGUGAAGAAUGACGUAUUAGUUUUACAGUGAUAUUUAUUUUUAUUUUUUUUGUUUCUGUGAACAACUUUUCCACCAGAAAUUUCGCCACGAUUUUCUGAUUCUAAUUCAUUUUCUGAAAGAUAAUUUUAUCUGGGUAGUACUUAAAAGAGGUCAUUUUUUGAUUUUUCAAGUAGUUUUCAUAAAAAUUAGGGAAGACGUAGAAAAAACGGAAAAAUAUACGCACAUGUAUACAAAAAAAACUAUGCUUUUUAUUCGUUUUACAUUAGCAAUCGUUUAUUUUUGUGAAUAAGUAUAAAUUGAAUUUCCUUUUGUAUCCUACCUUCCAAAUUUCUCGCCUAUAAAAGUGACCCACCCAUCGUGUGAAGUAAGUCCAUUUUUUUUAGUAGAUCUUAAUCAAAUUAUAUAAUAUUCUAAUUACCAUUCAUUUUUUAGUAGACACAAAAGAAAAAUCGCUGUUCACCUGGUAUCCGUUGGACUUAACUCUGUGUACAUUUGAACAUGGAAAUGGUCUGAAUAUUAUAAUAUAGAAAUUAUCCAAUGAUGCACUAACGAUUCUCGGUGUCUUCAUUUAUAGAAAACAACAGGAGAUUCGAUUGGCGUAGAGACUGUAAGGGGAAACAUCAUCGUGCCAUUGUCUCGUUCAGAUCGAUAUAAUAUUAAUAAUUUUUUUUCAUUCGGAAACCACUUUUUCUUUUAAUUAAAAUGCUCAAAAUUGUUCAUGUCGUGUACGACAUACGAUACUCUGUUUAAACAAUUAGAUCCCAAACAAUUUUUCGUAAAAAAAAAACUAACAAAAAAUAACUAUAUAAAAAUUUUAUUUUUGUAGCUUUUUAACUAAAAGAAAAAAAAAUGUACCGGUUAACCGCAAGUAUAGUACAAAACUGGUGAUUGGUAAUAUUUAGAGCGUCUAUCGUUUUGAAAAUUUUUGAAGAUUUGUAUCAAAAUAACAAGACAUGUUGUUAAACAUACUUUUUAUGUUUAAUUAUAUGAAUCCCUAAAGGGACAUAUGUUAAAAAUUUGUCAAGACAAUUGAACACGUGUUGUUUCUUUCUUUAUAGUGAUCCCAUGAAAUUAUUCACAUUGACGAAUCGGUGUUUUUCGCAUUAAUGGUAUUCAGAUAUACCAUUCCAGUCGUUGGAUUUUUCAUGAAUGAAUACAAAAACCCCUAAUAUAGACUAUUUAUACAAUGCUGGUGAUCCUUACUUUGCAAGAAUUGACGUUUGUAGUUAAUAGAGUAUAAUAAUAAUACUCAGAAAUCUAAAUACCAUUCAAAUACAUUUGUAUUUACACCGCGACAAUGUAUACAACAACAAAAAUAUUGAAAUCUACGGUAUUUGGUUAAAUGAUUUUUUUUUCAGUUCGACAUCGAAUAGGAAGUACCUAUCUUCUUUGGCCAGAGUUAAUAUUAUAUUUGGCACGUGUCGCGCGCGGGUUAAUUUUGAUCCUUUCCCCCUCACUCGGCAUAACGCGUGUAAUUUUCGACGAAACAAUACUCGAAUAAUACUAAUUAUACGUUACUCUGCUGUCUCAAUGAAUUACUUACACUGGGUAUCCUAAAAGCUUAAACAUCGUUUUGGCAAUAUUUACGUGUAAUUGGCUAAGUACGUAUAGAUAUUGUAAAACAAUUUUUUUAAACAGUGGGCCACUUACCGUACGUUCAAUGUCGUUAGGCUAACAGCACAUGAAAUGGAACGAACAUGUUUUGAACGCGAUCAUUGUGUAUAGUAAUAAACGUUUGAAAGUUUAAAACAAUUUUAUGAAUUGCCGAGAUUAUAAGCGAGUGAUAUUUUUCCAAGCGAAUUGUUUCCCGACGAAUCCUAAAUUUUAUUGUAAUAAUUAAAAUCUUAUAAGUUGCCGAUUUUCUUCUGAUAGUAUUAUGUUGAAACAUUUUUCAAUACUUUUUAAUAUAUUUUCAUGCAGUACUUCAAAAGAUACGGAAUUUACCCCGAUACUACUUUAUUUGAAAUAUUUAUUGAAAUUUACAACGGUUCACCUCGUUCUUGUAUAUCCGUUUUUGCCUUAAGUUCACAUCUUUGUUAGUAAGAAGGCUGAUAAUUAUUAGUAUUGUACAUUAAAAGAUUUGGAUUUUAGCCAUUAAUUAAAACAUUAAUUUUGUAAAGUUUCCCGUUUUUCCUAAAUUUUUCCCAAUCAUUAAAUACACAAUAUUUCAAAAAUGUUAAAAUAAUUGUUUAAAAUGAUUUAGUUUAGUAAUAUGAUAUAUUAAAUGUUCACUACUUUCAACUAAAAUAAAAACGGUCAUUAGGGGGAGGGUAGGGGCAAUAUACCCCUAAGUCCACUUCUGAUUACGCAUUCAUAAUACGUGACUAUGGAGGAGACAAAACUUACAGAACUAAUCCGUACGGGUAGUAUACAAAUCAAAGUAAUAAUAUAUCCUACAGACACCAUACGCAUAUAUUUGACAGACAAAUUAAACAAAUAGGAGAGUUAAUGAACUCCAGAUGAACGUAAAUAGUGUAUUUGCACGUUCAUUUCAAUGCAGUGAUCCAUUAAUCACGAAUCAGCAAUUAUCUAGGAGGAAUUUAAGAGAUUUUAAAUUCUGUUUGUGCAAUUGUCAAUUAUUUAAGCUUCACUUAUUUAAAUACUAUUUUAAUUUUUUGCUCCUAUUUCUUAUACUUUAAAAUUAAUUUACACUUUAGAUUUUUAACCGAAAAACCCAAAAUAAAUUUAUCAUCUUAAAAUGGAUAUGAAUAGUUUAUGGUUAUUUCUUACUCUGUCUAAAUUUUAAAAUGUUAUAACUCAUAAAUGGUAAAUCCGAUAGUUACUACUAUCAUACAUAUCAAAAAAAUAAAAAAAAUACGAAUCUUUGUUUAAAAGGGGAAGCGGUUCCUGUUUGAAAAUAAAAGUGUAUACCUACUUAGGAUACAAGGAACAGAGGUGAAAGUAGAAAAUAGUGUGAACAUAAAGCUUAAGCGAUUGCGUAAUUAUUGAUAAAACAGAAAUCAAAUUCACUUUAUAUCGUUCAAGAAAAUCGUUGAUCCGUGAUAGAUGAAACACCAGGUAUAAGUAUUAUGUUUUUAAUUCUAAUUUAUUUCGAUUUCAUAAAAAAUCAUCGUUUAAAAAUAUUUUAGUGGACCUGUUGUGAGUCAAACCAUGAAAUACCAUGAAUGGGAUUUUAGAUGUUUACAUGAUUAUCCAUGAAAUGUGCAGCACUUAAAAACAUAUAAAAAUACACAGUGACAUAGCCAGGAUUAAGUAAUGGGAGGUUUGAAGUAUGAACUAUACUAUUAACUUUUACAGUUUUAGAUUCUGUGUGGAGCGAGUUAUGUAUUGGUUUUGGUUAUUAGUACAAUGACAUUUAUUACAAUUUUUUUUUUUUCUAUGGAUACCUUUUCUACCAGAAAUUUUGCUUCGAUUUAUAAUGAUAAAACUUUUUCUAAAAGGAAAUCUGACUGAAGAGGUACUUUAAGAGGAUUAUUUUUUAAUUUUUCCAGGAGUUUUCCCAAUAAAUUGGAAAAACCGAGAUAAAACAUGAGAAAAAUAGGAAAAUAGGUACAAUAUUAAAGAAUAUAUAUAAAUAAUGCAUUUGUUAUUAUUUUAUUAUAUGAUAUUAUGAUAUUAUAUAUAUAUAUAUAUAUAUAUAUAUUGUUGACCAAGCAACAUUAUCAACUGAACUCUGCUCAGAAUCGUCUUUUUGUUAGUAAUGGUCUAUCGUUCUUUACCGAUAAACAUUAAAUUUCCCCACUACUACCUUCCCAACUUUUCACCUAUAACAGUGGCUGCACUCGUCCCCAUUACCCUAGGACAGAUUUUUUUAUAAGGUAUUUUGGUCAAUGUUUAGAUAUAGAUACUCUUAUAGAGACGUUCAAGAACCAGGUUCAGUGGUGUGAAUAGAAAAAAUAAAAUUCUUCAAUUGAUAGGUAUAUAUAAAUAUACGACAAUAUGAGUCUUAACAUUUUUUACUAUUAAUUUAUAAUAAACGUAUUUUAGAUUCUGAUCAUAACGAUGAAGCUAUUGGUUUUACAAUGCUGUUUAUUAUUAUUUUUUUCUUCUAGUCUGUGAACACGUUUUUUUCUAGUAAACUCGCUCCGAUUUUUACGUGUAGAAAUCUUUCUGAAAGCUCAAAUUGUCAAUUGUACUUUUAAGAGAUCAUUUUUGAUUUUUGAUACUAUUUUUUUAACUAAAAACACUUAAACCGAAAAAAAUGUAGAAAAAUGUACAAUUUCACGAUUUCAUUAUUUUUUAAAAAUACGGACGACAUUUUUUACCAGAAAAAAUGAUUUAAUCAAAAAUCACAACAUUUUUUGUUGCCUUUUUGAUUUAAUUUCUUACAGGGUAUCAUUGCCAAAACUUUAAGUCACUUUUGAGCUUUUAACGAAUUUUAAUUUUUGUGAGUUUUUUUUAUGUAAUUCGGUUAUAAAUACACGCAAAGAAUUGAAACUUGGUAAUAAUAUUUAUAUUGGACUUACCUAAACGUAGUUAAAUUUCCAAAAUCAUUGGAUGACUUUUUUUUUAAUAAGCGUUUUGAAAUCAAUUUUAAAUGAAAAUUGCAAAAAUAAUUACGACACUUCAAAUUAUGUAUUACCGAACUUCACUCGAAAUCGUCAAGCAAUGGUUUAUCGUUGCUUACAAAUAUAAAUAAAAUAACCUUAUAUAUCCUACCUUCCCAACUUCUCACUUACAACAGUGAUCGCUCCCACCCAACGUAUCAGCUCUUUUUCAUGUUUCACUGCUAAUUGGUUCAAAACGUCUUCUGGCUGUAUUAUUAUUUCCCAAAAAAACAUUAAUAUUUAUGAAUAAACACACGAAUGUAUCAAAUAUCGUGAUUAAUAUUGUAAUCAGUCGUUACUUGUUAAAAUAGUCAUAAACCACAAUCUACGGUUUGGUUAAAAAUUGUGAUAAAUGAUUUUAAUAAUUAUCCAUAGUUAUUAGUACAUAGUUACGGUUGUUUAUUUGGUUGACUAAAAGAUAUUAUAUAAUAUUAUUCGUAACAUUAUUUUUCUUAAUUUAAAUAUUAAUUCGUCGUAUUAUUAUCAUUAUUUAUUUGGAUAUAAAUAUUAAAUAUACAUUCAUACUAGCUAAUAUUAAAAAUAUAAAGUAGUAAAAUAAUUAUUAUACAAUAUUAUUUAAAUUUAAAGUUUAUUUAAGUUUUCUACACAUAAGUAUAAUAUACUUGGGUACUAAAUUCUUUCAAAUUUUUUUAUGGAACUAUGAUUUAUUGUUUAAAAUACUUUUAGAAACCGGGAUCUUAGCUCAUUCGUAUAGUGGGCUUUUCUAACCUUAUUUACAAUAAUAUCAAUAUCAAAACUUUAAACCAAUUUUCUAAGUAUUUUUCCAAAUAUACUAGCUCAUAAUGGUGUAGUCAGGAUUUUUCAAUGAAGGAGGUUUAGGGUUUAGGUCUGAACAAUAGAUAAGUGUUUUUGAUUUUGGAGUUUUUUAUUUAAAAUAUUUAUAAAGUCUACAAUUUGUAUUUUAAUUACAAUACAAUAUUCGCAUUUUGCUUGUUUUGGUAGCUAAUUUAUUUAGGAAAUCAUCGGGGUCUAUAAUUAUAUCACUGUGUAUAUUCAUCAUUGCCAAAACAUUCAAUCUACUUUCACACGUGGUGUUUCGCAAAUAUGUUUUUAGUUUGUUUAAUAUUGAAAAAGAUCAUUUACUGCAAGCGGUUGUAACUGAGAGGGUUGCUAAAAUCUAUAGAAGUUUAAAAGAAGAAGAGAAAAUUGAAAUAAUAUAUUUUUAAAAAGCAUCGAAAAGCAUUGUUUGGUCAUCUUGAGUUCCUAAAAAUGUUAGUUGCUAAAUUUAAUUUCAACCACUGCUGCUAAAAUAUUGUAAUUAAAUCGCCCCGAUACAUUUCAACUAUAGUAGCUUAAUUUUUUUUAUUCAUUAAGUAUAAUGGAUGAUAUUAAAAUAAAAUUAAAAUUGUUAACCAUAGAUUUAUGAGUUAAAAUCACUCAUUAAAUUGAUUUAAAAAAUGACCUACAAAUGGAAUGAAUAAAAAUAGUUUGUAGUAAUCUACAGGCAAAUUAACCUGUACAUUGCAUCUGUUUUUCGCUGGUUAACUGUACAAUUAAUAGAUAUUUCAAUGUUUAAGUUACCAAAUUAAGAUGAUUUUAUAUUAUAAAAUAUAAUUUAAAUCCACUUGUAUCAUUUUAAUCUAAGUUGUUUAAUUAUAUUGUCAUGUCGUCAGUGGUUUGAAUUUAUUUGACGAAAUCUAUAUUCUGUAUCUAAAAAUACUUAUAUAAUGGUGAUCUUAUACUCAACAUAUUUCCCAGUAUAUGAACUGCCAGUAUAAAUUCUAAUUGUCUUAUAGCGCACAGCAAAUGUGUAUGUUCCUUGUUCCUGAUGAAGCAUUUAUAUCUAACCCAAAUAAAUUCAAUUAAAGCUGAUUUCUCUUAAAUCAUUUAAUUUUAAUAACAGAUAUGUACCAAAUAAAAAUACAUAUAAAAACAUGAAAAUAUCAAUUACCUAUAAAUAGCCUAAAAAUAGCUAGAAUAUUUUGAAAAAUUUGAUCAUCCCUAAAAAAGGCUAAUAUAAGAAUUUUGAGAAAUGUACAGGUCUUUAUAAUAGUUUUUAACGGAAUAAACAAAAACCCUAAUGCCGUACACUUUGUCUUACUUCCUACGUUUUUCCUGAUUUCUAUAAUUAAUAGGAAAAUUAUACGGAAAAUCUAAUAACGACUUUCUUACUCACGAAUUAGACAACAUUUUCUUUCAAAAAAUAUGCAUAUAAGUAAUGAAAUCAUUGUGCCAUUAUUUGAAAAGAUUGUAUUUUUUGUCUUUUUUGGUUUUUCUCAAUUAUUAUGAAAAUUACCUUAAAUAUCAAAAAAUGACUUCUUUUUCAAUGUCCAUAUUAAAAGGACCGAAAAAGGUUACUUGAUAUUCUUUUAUUAAAGGAAUAUUUUUUGUAGAAAACAUAUAAUUUGCAAAAACUAAAAACAAUAAAAUCGGUAACGCCACGACGCAGCGCGCCCUAAAUACUUGUCGUUUUACUAACCAAUUUUUUCUCUGGUUUUUAGCGGAAUUUUUUUAAAAUCUGAAGGAAAAUCAAAAAUUACAAACUAUAUAAAAUUCCUUACAGAAAAAGUGCUAUGCUUUUAUUAUAUUAGAGCAAGAUUAUUGGUCGAAAAAUUGCUCGCCGACAUAAAAAAGAAAAAACACACACACACACAUACAUACAUACAUACUUACAUAGAAAAACCGAUUAAUCCCUUGCUACGCUGCAAAUUUAAAAUAAAAUAUAUUAACACUGCAAAAUGUCAGUCGAUUAAUUGCAAAAUAUCAAUAAAUAAAACAAAUAUACUGUAUUCUGAAGAAAAAAAAAUGUAUACAUUUUACGAGAUAGUAAAUACGGUGUAAUUAUAAUUCAAUACCUACGCCUUACGGGCAAAGCUUUCGUCCGAGCCCUCUGCAUAUUGUACAAAUGUUGGACGCGAAUCACGUCCCGGGAAAUCCUCCCAUGACCACUAGCGUCGUGGCCUCAAAUAAAUUAUCAUAAUUCGAAAAAAAUAAAUAUAAAUAUAUGAGGAGUAUACUAUUAAUUACAUUUCAAGCCAAAAAGUGUCCUAUCGCAGCUGGGUGGUCUUCUUUUAUUUCUGUAGUUAUUCGCGUGUUAUCUUUUUGUUCUGCGUUAUAAUAAUAUAUUUCUUCGUGUGUAAUAUGCUUGUUGAAAAUGAUUUAUUUUUCAGACUGUAUAAUAUAUCAUUGUAUUAAAUUCUGCAAAAACAAUUUUUAUUUUUUUUUAUUAAUUCGUAAAAUAUAAGUUAUUAUAAUAUACGAGUACUUUACUAAUAUUUAAGAGAACGUGAUAUCUACACAGACAUGCAGCCCGUCCGAGAUUAAUUUAAUGGUUUAUUUUAUUUUAAAUUUCAAAUUAUUGUAAUUUAAUCGAGGUAGGUACCUACCUUGUAAUACUUGUAAUAUUCAAUAUGACGUUUCGGGGAUACAAAACACAAUAAUAUAUGAAAUAUUAUUUUAGGUACUUCAUAUACUUAAAUACAAUUAAUACAAUAAUUAUCUACUUUUAAACUAUGUUGUAUUUAGUAAACAUAAUAAUAAGCAAUUCUUAAAAACUUGAAGAUUAAGAGGACGUGAUAUCCGCAUGUGUUGUCUCCGUCAUAAAAACGUACGACAUAGAAAAUAUAUGUUCAGCAGAGUGAACUUUGUGCUAUUAGUUUUAGUUCUAGAUCAUUAGAAUGAAUUGAUCUGUUUUUAAACUGCAAUAAUUCAUAUUUUUAUUUCACACUUGAAAAUUUAAACAUCUAUAAUAUCCGACGUAGUUGCACAGAUUGUGUUCUUAAUUUCUUAUCUUUUGAAGUUUGGUAAUAGGUAAAUUCAUUCUGAUAUUAAAACUUAUUGGCAUAAAAAUGUGUGUUAUUAGAUUUAUAAUUAAUAAUCGGCAGGUCUGUCCCUGCCGAACGUAAAUUUACUAUGUCAUACGUUUGUAAGACGAAGACAGCUGCGCAUGCAGAUAUCACGUUCUCUUAAUCUUUAAGACGUUAUGAAACUUUUGACAUACAUUUUAAUUUAUUGCUUGUUAUUAUAUGUAGUAUAUAAUAUACUAUUGUAGUUUAAAAUUAGAUAACUAUUAUAUUAAAGUAUAGGUAACUAGAAUAAUAUUUUAUAUGUUAUUAUAUUUUACAUUCCCGAGACAACAUAUUAAAUAACUAUUACAAGAACGUACCUCGAAUAAAUAACAAUAAUUUUUAAAUUUGAGAUAAAAUAAACCAUUUAAAUCAAUCCCGGAAUCCCAGAACUAUAAGGAAGUGAAUUCCCCUUCUCUAACAAUCUAAAAAAGUUUAUUUUAUAAUUAUUAAAAAUUGCAAAAAAAAAAAAAAAACCCAAUAAUUUUCAUAUAUUACUGUAUUUGCAUUUUUUUCGUUUUAAUAUUUCAUAAUAAUUUGUAAUACUAAAAUUAUUUUUCCUUAUUCCAUCAUUAGAUCGCAUUCUAUACCAUUAUGUAUAAACGUACUUUUUUCGUACUACGUUCCGCCAAUUAAUAAGUGAAUUGAUUGACAAGAAUUAUUAUUUUAUAAAAUAAGUGUUAAUAAAUAACUGUUAUAAAAAUGUUUGUUUUAUAUUUUUUUAGGGUAAUUGUUUAUGGCUGCACGCUAGUGGAAAAUCAAUCCUGUUGAAGGUAAAUAUUAUCAAAACUCUAUAAUACGUUUUAUAUUUCCAUAUUGUUACAAUUGAUUGCAUUUAAUUGCACGAAUCAUUUAUAUUUAUAGGAGAUAUCACUAUUGGAUCUGACAGAUCUCGAAAAAGAAGUGCUUUCGUUCGUUUCCUUAAAUAAGCUUCAAGAGAUAAGUCUCGGAGUUCCAAUACGAAUACCAACAGGUAAAGUAACAUAUGAUGCGUAGUCUUAAUACGAGUAAAAUAUGUCCAUCCUUAUACUCGUAACCAAUUAUAAUUUUUACUUUCCUUAAAAUAAUACCUAUAAUUACCUACCAACUUUAUAUUUUGUUUUUAUAGAUUAGAGUGAUCCUUAACUAGUAAAAUAAUUUAUACCUUCCAAGAACUCUUUCCAAAUAGUUAAAAAAAAACAUGUCCAAAUUUGGGUAUUCUAUCUUAGUAUUAAAGGGUGCCACAGAGCACUUGGUUUUUCGCAUUAAAACAACAUAGAAUUUCCAGAAACCUUCGAUAAAUUUUGUUCAGGUCUUUAAAAAGAAAAAAGAAAACUGUUGAAAAAAAUUGAAUGCUGUGCGAAAAACAUCUGCUGUUUAUGUCGAAGUUUGUUUACACCUCCAAUAAAAAACCUCAUGUAUCGAAAAAGAAAAUUAUUCAAUUAAUUAUACAACAAAUAUUAAAUUAUAAUAUAAAGUGACAUUUUGUGUUGUUUAAUGUUUUAAACUCCUCAAUGGUUUCAUUGGAGUGAGCAAUUUUCACUGUUUUCUUUUUUUCUUGUUCAACAAAUAACAUUAGGGAAUCCAUUCUUAUUUGAGUCAUAUUGUUGUCCGAAGUUUACUUUUCUACGCACAUCUGUUAUUUAAAACGGCCUAUGUUUCUUCUUCUCGUUCGUGUUUUUUUAAUCUAAAACACCAAUAAGAAAUUAAAAUGAAUUUUAACUAAGCUAUAAGACAUUUGUUUUCUUUGGGUGGUAUCAUCAUACAACGCGUAUUAUAAUUUAUAAUACACGUGUAUACAGAGUGAUUUUUUUUAUCACGAAUCAGCAAUUUUCUUAGAAGACUUUAAGUAAAUUUAUUCCCUGUUUUUAUUUUUUUUAAUUAUUGUGGAAUCGUUUAAGCUAUAUUUUAAAACGAUUUUAAAUUGUAUAUCUUAUUUAAGUAGUACUUCUAUUUUUCAAAUGUUUUUUCUAUUCUCUUUUAAACAUAGAUUCGAAUGAGGAAUAUGUUUUUUAGAAAUGUUGAUAAGCUAAUAUUAGAUUUACCGCUUAAUUAUGACUUAAUAAUAAUUCAUAAUUAUGAAUUAUAACUGUUUAAAGUUUUGACCGGAGGAGUAGGGAAGAGUAAUAAAUUGCAUACAUAUUUUCAAAUGAUAAAUUAAAGUUUAUUUAAACGAUUAUAACUCAUGAACACUAAAUCUAAUAUUAGUGGCAUGCAUAUAAUAAUGUCUAGAAAAUAUUCUCCAUUCGAAUCUGUGUUUAAAAAAGGGAAUUCUUAUUUGAAAAACAAAAGUAUAUACUUAUUUAAGGUAUAUGAAUUUGAGGUAGAAAAUUAAAAAUGGUUUUUAAAAUAAAGCCCUCACGAUCGCACAACUAAAAAAAAAAAAAACAGAUAGCAAAUUCACUUAAAAUACCACGAGCACUCUGUAUAGAAUAAAGUAAUAUAAUUGUAGAAUAUUUCAUUAUAGAAUACACGUAUUCAGAGAUUGUAAAUUUUAAUAUCAAAAAUAUUUUAUAUUUUUGGCCAAACUCCAUUUCUUAAAUAUAAUUUUUAUCAUUAUAUUUUAAAAAAUAAAAAACCGAUUUUUUUUUUUACUUAUAAUUUAUUACUUAAUUCAUAUUACUCAAAAAAAAUAUUUGCCUUUUGAAUGGUAUAGCUAUUUAUUUACUUAUCGCUAUACUGUGUACAGGACAGCGUUUUUUAACAUAUUCAAAGUUACCAUUGCCUUACGGAGCAAAAGAUUAUUCAACGUUCACAACGUGAAAAUCACGUAAUUAAGGGUAUGGGAAGUAAGAGGGAUUGCUGAAUGUAAAAUUAAAAAAAAAAAAAAUCGAAAUGAUCAAUGAACAAAUAAUUAUAAAUAGAAUGGAGUUGUUGACCUUAACUUACGGCCAUCAUAAGAAUUUUUUUCUAAUAUUUAAUCUAAUCUAUUUACGGUUAUUAAAAAUAAUUCAAAACUAAACCAUAAUAAUAUUAUAAGUUUACCAAAGUCUCUUUUGAUUUUCAGAGUCCUAUACUAAUAUUAUGGAAUGAAAAAAUAGCAUACAUUUUUUUUAAUUGUAUUUGCUCGUGCUAUGGCCAUCCUUCACUUUCUAUGUUUUUGUAAUAAUUAAUAUUACCCAGUAAAAAAUUAAUUAAUGUAGAUGAAUACAACCAUAAAGGUACCCUGUACUAGUAGACUCGUGCCUUCCGAAUAUUGCUUAAUAUUAUACAUUACGAGCUGCGGUCAAAUAUAAUGCAGUGGUACACCAAAACAUUACGUUAAGUUGCACCACUCUGUAUCAUUAAUAUUGUACAAAAUAAUAUUGAAUUGGAUACAGGAAAUAAACACAUUGCAUUUUAUCCAUAAUUUGUUGACAUCUGUAGCAGUUUGUAUGUUUUCAAACAUUUUACGAAUUUUUUUUUUUAAUGCACCUACAUUUUUGAAACAUAUUAAUCAGUUCUAAAACAAACCACAUACAUUUGAACCCAUAUUUAUUGUUAAAAAUAAUUUAAGACAUUAUUGAUAAUUACUAAAAACGACAUUAAAGUAUAACUUGAAAGGUAUAUUAAGUUAAUUUAUUACAUUUUGGAUAAAAUUUCGUGAUAAGAACACCGUAAUUUUGUAAUCGUGCAUUAAUAUCAGUCACUAAAAAUACGCUCUGUGUUUGACCGCAGUAUAAAUGUACAGAUUACACAUAUCUCGUCUAUUAGUAUAAGCCAUGACAAGAAUAACUAUAUGGCUUAUCAAACUACAAAUUUCCACUAUUUAUGAAUAAAAUAAAAAUGAGUGACAAUAGCAGCAAUACUGGCCAUAGGUGACAACUUCAAUCUAUACUCUAAGUGUCCAUUAGGAAAAAAAAAUUAAAAAUUAAAUGAAUAGGUAACCAUAAAAACUUCAUUCUUGGAACGAAUGAAGCAUACAUACAAAAACAUGCUUGCAGCCCUUUUAUCACCUAAAACAUUCAUAGCACCAUCCCCACAGUUCACACACCAAAAAACCCCAGAGGAGAGGGUUAUAACUCUCAUUCAGACCUAUUGAUAUAGAAGUUAAAUAGUCACUAGUGGUAAUAAAGAUGAAUUAUAUUGUAUGUGCUAUGUUUUUCACGUUUAAUGGUUAUUAAAAUUGAUCUAAUGUUUAUAUUAGGUAAUGUGCUAUCAGCUGGUCCAAAAAAGCGCAGGCCGUACCUUUUGAAAAAAAGAUCAAAUACAACUGGUAAUUUAAAAGAUAAAGACGAUAACGGUAAGAAAAAUUUAUUUUAAUACAUUUAAGGGUAUUUAAGUAAUAAACAUAGGAGGAAAGGGUAGCAUUCCGUAAUCCGAAAAAAAACAUAGACUGCAAUUUUUUUUUUUUUUUUAGAAUUGUUUAUAAUAAUUAAAUAUUAAUUUCGAUAUAACGAUAUAGAGUUGAGAUAUUUAAAAUACAUUAUUAAAAAAAAAUUCAACGUACAAAAACAGUUGAUUUAAAUAGCACGAAAAAAAUUGUUUUAAACGAAAAACAUUCCACUUUCAAGUGAAAUUGAAUAAAUAUAAUGAAUUACAACUAUAAAAAGUUAGUAUUUUCUAUUAUGCCAUUUAAUAUUUUAUAGUGAAAAAUUAAAAUUAUAACUUCUCAUCGAGACGAGUACACGUUUAAAAAAAUUGUAUUGAAUUGUAUAAACUCAUAAACUCAACACUGCGAUAUACAAGAAAAGUAAAUUUGAAUUUCACAAAACAAUACAUAUAAGCAGUAAACAACUGAAUACAUCGAAUCUGUUUCGAGGCUUUCAAUAAAAAAAAUAUUUAUUUUUUUAAUCCACCUAACGGUAUGUGUGUAUAUUAAAUAUAUUUUCGUAUAUUAUUUGAAAUCGUGAGUUUUGUUUAUUUAAUAUAAUUGUGUAUAAAUUUGGUAAACUUGAAUAAAAGAGUUGCUGACGAGUUUCGUCGCCAUAAAAAACGCUUUAAACUACUAUUUUUAUGAAAAAAGGGGGCAAAAACGUUUUAAUUGAAUCGAAAAUAGAAAACAACUCAAAAAUUUAGCAGAAAAAAUAAAAAUAAAUUAUGGUUAAUUUUGAUGGGGAUAAUUUUAAUUAUCUGAUAAUAGUGAUAAGAUGUUUAUGUGGUUUUAAAUUAUUGCAAACGAAACUCGUCAGACCUACACAGUAUUUUUUAUUACUUUGUCUGUAAAUCGUGUUUUUUUUAUGGGAGGAGGAUGUGAGGAGAAAAGAGUCCACGAAAGUUUAACCUAUUCGUUCGCUGAUAAAAUUAAUUUUUUAAAAAAAAAAAGAUGUCCUAGGAUAAUGGACACGAGUGCAGCCACUGUUUCUAGGUAAUUUAAUGUAUAUCUGUAAGAAACGAUUAACCAUUAAUAACGAAAAAACGAUUCUGAGCGCAGGUCAAUUGAUAGUGAUGCUUUGUCAACAACAUUCAAUGUAUGUCAUACAUUAUAUAUUAUUAUAUUAUGGUAAAAUAAUUAAAUAGGCUUUAAAUAUUUUCUUUAAUAAUAUUUGUUUAUUAAAGCAUCGAUUUUUUCUAUUUAUUAAGAAAAAUUUUGGGAAAAUCGAAAAAUUACCUCGUUAUAGUACCUUCCCAGUUAGAGUUUCUUUCAAAAAAAGUAUUACCAUUUUAAAUUAGAGCGAAAUUUCUGAUAAAAAAAUUGUACACAGAAAAAAAAGCCAUAAUAUUUUUUUACUAACACCUACAUUUCAUACAUUUUCCGUUCUUCCGACAUUUUAUCCCGGUUUUUCCCAGAUAUUAUGAAAAUCACUUGAAAAAUCAAUAAACGACUUCUCUAAAUUAUCAUGAAGAUAAAAUUUCCUUUCGAAAAAUAACCUAUACUUGAUAUAUCGAAGCAAGAUUUCUGGUAGAAAAGUUUGCACAACAAAUAAAGCGGUAUUUUGCGAUUAAAAUAGUCCGAAGGAACGAUUUCUUGGGUUUCUAGGUAUAUCCAAAAUGCAUUUGUUUUUUCCUUGUUCAGGUAAGAGAAAAAAAAAUGUAAAACAUUUUUGUUGGCACACUGGUUUCAACUCGGAACCUCUAGGAUCAUAAUAGGCAUAAAUAACCAUUAGAUCACGACAUAUAUACAAAGACCAAUAUAGUUAUUUAACAUAACAUACAAUAUAAAUAAUAAGGUAAAUAAAAGUUUUUUGUCUAAAUUUCGAGUCUCUACGAAUAUUUUUAACUGAAUUACAAUAAAUAACAAAAUUGAAAAAUAAUAAUAGCAUUAUUUUCGUAAAUUCCCGUUUUUCUUAUGUUUUAUCCUGGAUUUUUCUAAAUAUUAUGAAAACCGCUUAGAAAAUCAAAAAAUGACCUCCUUAAAGUACCAUCUGGACAACAUUCUCUUUCAGAAAUGAUGCCGCGCGUAUAUAUCUAAGCAAGAUUUAUGGUCGAAUUUUUGUAUACAGUAUAAAUAAAAAAAAAACAAAACAUCUUAGUAAAACCAAUACAUUCUUCGUUACAUUCAGUAUGUACAAUUACAACAUUGCCGAUUCUCUGAUACUAUAUUUUCGUAAUACUUUAAACGGUGCCGUAUACUCGGAGAAAGAAAAAAAUAAUAACAGAUUCAUUUAUACAAAGUAAAAUAUUAGAUAUACCUAUACGGUAAGAAGCUAUCAGUGUAUACCAGUAGUAAUAUACGUAAAUCUAAAACCAUCAAUAUUAUACCUACGCUCGAAAUAAUAAGAGUCGAGUGGAUUAAUUAAUAAUAAAAAAAAACGGACAUACUUCACACGAUGAGUGGGUGACUGUUCUAGGUGAGAAGUUAGGAAGGUAGAGGAAAAAUAUAAUAUCUGCGUAUAAUGCAUAUAUAUGUACGCAACAAUUAACCAUUACUAGCGAAAAAUGAUUCUGAGCGGAGUUCGGUUGUACAUGUUUCGAAAGACCAUAAUAUUUAAGAUUUGAAAAUAAUACAUUUCGUACAUUUUACGAGUUUUCCCAUUCAUAAUAUAAACUUCUGGGAAAAUCAAAAAAUGACCACCCCAGUUAGAUUUCCUUUCAGAAAAAUUGCUACACUUAAAAAUCGGAGCCAAAUUUCAGGUAGAAAAGUUGUUUGCAGAUAAACAAAUAUAAACAUCAUUGUAAACUUGUAUUUACACAAACGUCAUAAAAGACUUAUGCAAAAACAACUUUAAUAUAAUUGACGAGAAUAAUUAAACUACACUUAGGUGCGUGUGUGUACAAUUAAAUAUGUCAUCAUCAAUUUAAACAUUAUUUUUCAAAAAGAUCGGAUUAUUUCUUUUUUUUUUUCAUUUUUAAUAUUGCCAGUUCGUCUAUGUAAAAAACCGCAGACUGUUUUACGGAAUUCCGGGUUUGAAUAUUUAGUCGAAGAUUGAAUUUAUAAUUACAAUAAUAAUAAAACAAAAAAAAAGCAAAAUAAACUAUUUGUUAUUCAUACGGCGAAAUCCGCGCGUAGUCUGGGUGUUUUUUCAAGCGAAAUGAGUUAAAUUUAACUCUAUUUUUUUGGCAUAAGUUGUGACAAGAUAUUAAAUCGUCAUUACAUUAUGUACACUUGUGCAUACUGUGACGUUCCUCGGACUACUGUCAAUCCCACGGUUUUGUAUCCAGGAGGGCAUAAAAAUCAUACGAAAAUCUAGGUUGUUUAUUUUUAAAAAAAUUUCCUCACGGCCUAGUUUACGUUAUUUACAAAAAAAAAAAAAAAAUUAUAACCAUGACAAUGAAAACCGACACACUCGAUUGUAUCAUAUUAAUAAAAAAAACACAACUAUCAUUGAUAUUAUUCUACUUAUAUCUUGUGCGCCUACGUUUGCACGUUGUCGUCGUCUCGACUCAAGUUUAAAAUAUACCGAUGAUAUUUUUACAUUAAUUGUUUUACACUAUUUUUAUUUUUUUCGUUUUAUCUUGUAUAAUUAAAAUGGAGAUGUCCAAUAAAUACGUCUAUUUUUAAUAAUUUACAUAUCUGUAUAAAUGUAUGAUAUUGUUAUAAUCAAGACCGGCUUGAAAGCGGUUCAAACUGCACCCGCGCACAGAGCCCAGCGAUUUAAGAGGUCCUCCGUCAAGUCGCAAUCUUAGCUCAUAAUUUCACAUAAUUGUUUAGUAGGAAAAUAUAAAUCUAAAAUAGUGGAACUAUAAGAAUUUUUCAGUAAAGAUUUACCUACACAUUUGAUAAUACAGAAGGUGAAGCAAAAAAAAGCUUAUUAAGGCCCCGAAAAAUUUACCACAGAGGGCCUCGAUAUUUUCCAAGACAAUCCAAGUUAUAAUAGAUGUAACAACAUAAAUAUCAUUCUUGAUAGGAUAUUCCGUAUACAAAUUAAAAAAGAUAAAUAUCCUCGUGGAACAACAUAAAACAAAACCAACGCUAUAACCCGCUGAACCCUUUAAAUUCUCGAACGUCGAAAAUAUGCGCAUCGCACUAUAUCUGUCUGACAAGUGAUAUAUAAGAAAUAGAUUAUUUAUAUGUACUUAAAAUCCACAAAUAACACUUAAAGUCUUAGAAAAAAAAAAAAAACACUUAAAGAAAGCACAGAACAAAUAUUUAAAAAUCGCAGAUGGGUUUAAAAUGUCCCGCUCGGUUCUAACCUAUAAAUUAAAAUUAUUCAACACUACAAGUACGAUUGCCAUUAUUUAUAAUACCCACAAUUUUAUUUUCAAAACAAUUUCUUUGUGUUAAUCAUUUUUGUAUUGUUAGGCAUUUCAUUUUUAUUUUAUAAGUUAGGGACAUUAGUUAGGGGGACUUUUAAAUUCCUCUACUAUUUUUGUUUUUCAAAUAUUUUUUCAGAGCUUUUUUGUAAAUUUAAAGUCCAUAUAAAUCCAUUCUACAGUGAUAAGGAUAACUAUGAAGCAUAUAUUAAUUGAAAAGAAAAGGUUGUAGUUUGGUUUUAAUUAACGACUUAGUCAAUAUUAACGAUAUGGCUUAUAUAUUAAUUUUUAAGUUAAAUCGUAAAGCCUUUUUAAUUUUUAUGAUGAUGUGUAGACAGAAAAACUGAACAAACAAUGAGUGUAGCAGAGAUAAGAAUGCUUAGGUGGAUAAAUGGCAUGGCGAGAGAAGACAAGAUAAGAAACGAGAAGUGAGUACGUAGAAGAUAGUAGUCAAAAUAAAAGAAAAUAGACUGACAAGGUUUGAGCAUAUCAUGAGGAAGGAUGAACCAGAAACAUUGAGAAUGGUAAUGUAAAUAAAUAUAGGAAGAAAUUAGAGAAGAGAAAGAUCAAAGUAGAGGUCGUUGGAUGUAAUUCAGUAUGAUAUAAGGAUAACGGUCGUAUGAGAAAGCAAUGUGGAGGAUCGGGCCAAAUAGAAAUUUAAAACGAAGGUGGUCGACCGUAAAGAGUUGGUAUGAAGAUAAAAGAGAAGGAGAAGUAGAUGACUGUGUAUAGCAUAUAAUAUCUGGUACGAUUUGAGUACUUGGUUUUUUAAUAAAUAAUUAAAUAAAACAAUUAUUUUUUUUUUUUAUCUAGAUAAACAGUUACGGAUUAAUUAAUUUAUGUAGAAUCAAAAUUAUGAUCCUAUAGAUUUAAAUAUCUAAUUUUUAGAUACUUAAAUUGUUAUGUAUUUAUAUGAUACAUGAUUUAUGUAUCAGCAUCUAAUUAUUUUAGAAACUAUGUAUUAUUAUUAAAUGUAUAAACAUUACUCCCUUUUUUAUUUUUACGUUAAAAAAUAAAAAUAAAUACGAUGAAUAUAUUAUUAUGACUAGUGACUAUUUUCGUGUACACUACAAUACACAUUAUACACAAAUGUGCACUACAAAAAAUUAAAAUUUACACUUACCACCUGCGUUUUGAUUAUAGAUAAAUCACAAGGUUCUGCAAUGUAAGAAAAACAAUUUAUCUAAAAAAUAUUUAGAGUAUAAUCAACCCUUGAUAUAACACACAUUAUUUCGGAAAAUAUUUACUUUUUUAUUUUUUUUUUUUUAAACAACUUGUGUAACAAAUAGCUCUUAAAUGUUACAUGGCCGAUAUUUUUUAGAGUGAAACCACUAACCACUUUAGAUUUUUAAAUGGCAAAUUACAUUAAAAUUCCAUAAAUAAAUAACGUUUUGGUUACACAUAUUUGCACUAGGUACGGAAAGUCAAAAAAAAUAGUCACUGGUUUUGAUAGACACGUUUAAUAAAUGUUUUAAGGUUUUAUAACAUUUUAACAUCGGCUCACUAUAUUCGUAUAAUAAUAGUAAUUAUAUAUAUUGAAUGUCACUUUUUAAGUAUUUUAAUCCACUUAUAAUAUCUAAAUAUAUAAUAUAUAGCCAUAUACGAAUGUAUGUUAAAAAUACUCUAAACUAAUAAUAUAAUAUAAUAUAUACAGAGUAAAUUUUUUUAUCAUGAACCAGCAACUAUCUCAGAGGAUUUUUAGUGAAUUUGAUUUAUGUUUUUUCUAAUCAUUGUGGAAUCGUUUAAGCUUUAUUUUAAAACCAUUUUCUAAUUUUUUAACCCUACUCUAUAUACCUUAAAUAAGUGCAUACUUUUGAUUUUCCUAUAGGAACCCCCCUUUUGAACACUGAUUUAAAUAGUGAAUAUUUUUCUAAAAAUUAUAAUAUGCAUCAUAUUAAUAUCAGAUUUACCGUUAAUUAUUUAUAACAAUUUUUAAAGUUUAGACCGGAAAAGUAGGGUAGGGUGAUAAAUUGUCUAUCUAUGACUGUUCUCUGUUCCUCUGGUCUAAACUUUAAAAAUUGUUAUAACUAAUAAACGGUAAAUCUGAUAAUAAUGUGAUGCAUAUUAUAAUUUUUAGAAAAAUAUUAACUAUUCAAAUCAGUAUUCAAAAGGGGAGGUUCCUAUUGGAAAAUCAAAAGUAUGCACUUAUUUAAGGUAUAUGGAGUAGGGGAAGAAAUUAAAAAAUGGUUUUAAAAUAAAGCUUAAACGAUUCCAUAAUGAUUAGAAAAAACAUAAAUCAAAUUCACUAAAACAAAUCCUCUGAGAUAAUUGCUGGUUCAUGAUACAAAAAACCACUCUGUAUAUAUUUAUAUAUAUAUAGGUAUAUAAUACGUUAGCCGAUAUAUUAUUUAAAUAUUUAUUAACAUCGUAAAAUAAAAACUUUGUACGUCAUAAAUUAUUUUUACGCAUGCACGUUCACUAUCAUAUAUUAUACAUAUAGUACGUUUGUAACCGAUUUAAAUGAUACCAAAUUUUUAGAACAUCAAAAUGAUUUAUGAAAUCUUCAAUGCCACGCACUUAAACUGUAUAAUAUAAUUCUAAUAUACCGGACGAACGGGCAACCGUAUUAUAAACAAACAUAACAGAAAAAUAUUGUAUAACACAUAAAGGUUUAUUUUCGAUUAAACGCACUAGUACGGUGACGUUGAAAUAAAACCUUUACCAAAAGUCCUGCCUUAAAUCGCUCUUAAACCGAACCAUUUACUAGUAUAUUUACUAUGUCUUGACCAAAUUGUUUUUAUUUUUAACCUGUAAAAAUGAGUGUUUUAAUCUAACUUAAUUUCUCUUAAUUGUGCCCAUUAAUAAUUUAUUAACAAAUAAAAAUAUUAAAACAAAUUGUUCUGACAAUAAUAUUAAAUGCUCGUCUUUAUGAAAUAUACAUGAUAGGUCAUCUCGUCCUAAACUCAACCAGAGAGUUAUAAAUCAUCGAAGUGUAAAAUGUAUUUGUUGCUAUUUUACGUGUGACACGGACAGAGAGAAUAAAUUAUGUGUGAAGACUAUUGUGUUACUUAACUAUUAUGUUUAGAUUCUGAGUGUAAUCAUAGGAAUCUAGAUAAUUCAUUUACACUUUUUUGGUUAGUAAUAAUGAUUUUUCCUUAUCAAAAUUACCUAAAAUAAGGUAUCUACUGCAGGUAGCUACCAUAAGUACUGCCGGGUGAAUUUUUCAUCUAGUAGUAAGUUUUUAAAUUAUUUUUAGAAAAAUUUUGCUAUUAUAGAAAAAUGUUUCAAAUAAACAACUCACUUAUCCCGAUACCCGAUUUUGAAAUUUUUUAAUUGGAACUUAUAUCAUGAACUAGUAAAUCAUUUUUUUUUAAAUGUGAGAUGAUGGGUUAGAAUUUAUUAUUAUUUUUAACUCAAAAUUUGGGAUUUGGAACUCCAUUUCAACACCCGAAAAAUAUGUUUUUAUUCCUUUUUUGUGAGUGCUGGUAAGCUGGACACUGUGGUAAGCUUUCUCCAGCACUCAGAAAUAAAAAUGAAAUUUUUGUAUGUAAAAAUAGGGUUUAAAUGUCCGAAUUUCGAUUAAAAUAUUACAACAAAUAAUAAAAAAUAAUUUAUAACAUAAUGUUUAAGUUAGCAUUUAAAAGUCGGGUGCCAGGCUAAGUGAGCUGUUGAUUUGAAACAUUUUUCUAAAAAUAAUUUUAAAACUUACUACCAGAUGAAUAAUUAACCCGGCAGUACUUAUGGAAACUACUUGCAAGAAAAAAUCAUUAUUACUAUCAGAAAAAGUGUAAAUGAAAUACCUAGAUAUCUAGAAUUACACUCAAAAUCUAAACAAAAUAAUUCAAACGCAAAGUAGCAACAAAUACAUUUUACAUUUUACCCAAAAGUUGUACUAAAUAUAAUUAAAAAACCUACAACAAAUAAUGCAACAGAUAAUACAUCGACUUUAUAUUAUCUAUUGUAGAAUUGGCUACAAAGACAAAAAAUACAACUUAUACUAUAACCUUGUCAGUUUACUCAUUUAUAGUUAGUUUUAGAUUUCAAUCGUUUUUUUGCUUUAAGUAAAUAUUUAUAGGUUUAUUAUAAACUCUAUAACAAAUAUAACCUUCUAUACUUAUUAUCAUUAGUACAUCUAUAGGUAGUAUAUUAGUAUUUAGUGCAAACUAUCUACGUCUGGUUUUAAAUUCUGAGCUAAGCAAAGAAUGUAUUGGUUUUACAAUAAUAUGUAUUUUUUAGAUUCCAAGCAUAGCGAGGGAGCUAUUAGUUUUACAAUGCUGUUUAUUUCCUUGUUCUUUGUUCUAGUCUGUGGACACAUUUUUUCCCAGUAAACUUGCUCCAAUUUUUACGUGUAGCAUCUUUUCUGAAAGAUCAAGUUGUCUAGAUUGUACUAUGAAUAAGUCAUUUUUUAAAUAAAAGCACAUAAGUGGGAAAAAAAACAUAGGAAAACGUAUAAUUUCACGGUUUCAUUAUUUUAUAAAAAUACGGAUGACGUUUUCUACCAGAAAAAAUAAUUUAAUCGAAAAAAUAUAAAACACCUUUUUUAUUGACUUUAUGAUUUACUUUCUUAAGGUAUCAUUGUAUCAGUAUCCAGUGUAUUGUACCAGUAUCAGCUUUUUUUUAUACUGCGUACAAAAUAUCUACCAGAAAUCUUGUUCUGAAUUUCAAGUGUAAUACCUUUUAUAAAAAUAAAUUGUAUUCAGUUAGUUACAUUUGGCAAAUCAUUUUUGAUUUUCUAAUGAUUGUUUUUAUAAUAAUUGGGAAAAUCCAUGAAAAAACUUGAGGAUAAACGGACAAACAUUUACAGCAUAAUAUAACGAUUUCAUGAUUUUCUUUUUUUGUAACUUAUGUUUUCUACUAGAAAUCUUACUUAAAUCUAAAAUGACAAAAGAUCAUUGCUGUUAAAUUUUUAAUCUAGUUGGUUAGUAAAAAAGUUGUUUUCGAUACAGUUUUCAUAAUAAUUAGGAAAUAUCGAAAAAAAAACUUAGAAAAAAAAACACAAUUUACGAAAGUAAAGUUUUUAUUAUUUUUAAUUUUGUAUCAAAACUUAUAUUUGUCAUUUCUAGACGCGAUAAAAUGUUCAAAUCAAUUUAGCCAUUUUUGAGCGAUUUAUAGACGUUUUAAUUUUACGAGUUUUUUACAACCUUUUUAUUUAGUAGGUACUCUAUGGAUAAAAUUGUAAACUAAACUGAUAUGCUUGAAAAUUUAACAUGUGGUUCAUUAUAAGUUGUUCUUUUGUGGUCAAAAAAAAAAUUGAGUUUAAUGAAGAAUUUUUUUUUAAAAGUAUUUUAAUAUCAAAUUUUGACGAAAUUCGUAAAUAUUACGGCCUUAUAAAACAUGUAUAACCAAACUUCACUCAUAAUCAUUUUUUGUUAGAAAUGAUUAACCGUUGCAUACAAAUAUACAUUAAAUUCUCCUCUGUAUUCUACCAUCCCAACUUCUCAUUUACAACAGUGGUCCAACGCUCAUCCAUCGGGUGAAUUAUGUCUGUAUUUUGUUAGCAUUAUUUAAUAAAUAGCGAGUAUUUAAUAUACUAUAAAAAAAAAGGCUAAUAAGGCGACAUUCAAGGAAGUAUUUGGAACAAUACUACAAAAAAAAAAUUGGGAAAAAGUUAAUUAAUGUCAUCACAAAAUUGGAACAUAAAAAAGGUCUGUUCUUUUAUAUAUAUAAGGAUUUAAAUAUGAAUAUAAUUAAAGCGAAGCAAGAAACAAAUGUUUGAACCAUACCAUUGUAUUGUACUCCAUGUAUCUAUAUGAAAAACGCUUAUACCCACGGUUUAUUUUACCAAUACAUUACUGGCUAUAUCUAUUAUCUAUACUAUGGGUACAUCAUUUUUAACAUGAUCCAUUAUGAUUUACAUUUACCACUCUUAUUUUCAAAAAUCACAAAUACUAUUUUUAACCAUUUUCACUAAGUCAUUGUGAUAAAAAAAAGUUUUUAUAAAAAUAAAAAAACUACUACAUUGCGUAAAAAUGUUUACUACUUUAAAAAUUAUAAUGAACCAGGUGUAAAACAUCAAAUAUUUCAAACAUUUCUGCUCGUCCAAAACCAUUUUAUCCAAAUAAAACUAUAUACAAACUAGAAGAACUCGAAAAUAUCAAUUACUUAUAAAUAGUUCAAAAAUCACGAAAAUAUUUUCAGAAUUAGAUUAUGUCUUAAAAAAACCAAUAUACAAAUUCUAUGAAAAUGUCUGCUCUUUAUAUUUAUUUUCAACCUAAUUACAACCAAAAACAAAAGUGAGAAUAGUAAAACCGUUAUUUCCAUACAUUUUUCCUUUUUUUAAUACACUUUUUCCCAAUUAUUAUAAAAACUGAAAGGAAAACCAACAAUUAUCUGCUUAGUUACCAAUAAAUUACAAUUUUCUUUUAGAAAAGAAUUUACACGUGAAAAUUAGAGCAAGAUUUCUGGUAUAAAAGUUGUUUAUAGACAGAAAAAAAAACACGCACACACACACACAUCAUGGUAAAACAAAUACAUUCAUCGCAGGGCUUAUAAUUGAAAAUGUACUUAACUUAUAAGUUAGUUAAUAAAUCAAUUAAAUUAACCGAGAUUAACUUAACCAAACUUUAAUAAUACAAGUUUUAUUUUUUAUUUCCUAUGAUGAGAUUAGAAAAAAAUAGAUUUUGGGAAUGAUCGGUUUCUUAAAAACCUCACGAGAUUUGUACUCAGGAUACAUUUUCCGAACAAAAUGAUUGUAUUUUAUCCUAUAUAUAUACACGAUAACAAAUUUAUUAGAUACCCGUUAAUGUUUAGUUCAUAAAUAUUAAUAUUUUAUAAUGACUGCGCAUGGUGGAAAACCACACCUGUAGAAUACGAAUGGAUAGUGACGUGAUAAUGCCAAUAAAGUAAUGUUACAGAUAGAUAAUAUAUGACAGAGCUUACCUAAUCCCAAGAUUCGGACUGGAGUAUAGUAUGAAAAGUACAAAGGAAUAAGGGUAAAAGUCCAUUUUUUAAGUAGAGCACAACUUCUCUACAGCUGCAUAAACUCAGGUGCGCAGGUAAAGGGAAAAAGAGGUUAAAACCACACGCCAAUUCAAAAUCACUGCAAGAAUCCAAUUACGAUUUCAAUUUUCUAUUCACUUUAUUUACAAAUAUUUGAUAGUCAGAACACUCCAACAAAUAAUCUAUAUAUCUAAUAUUAUUCAAUUGAAACCUUUUUCACUAAAUGAAAAUCAAUGUUCGAUAGCCAUGUACCAUAACUUUCUCACGCACCAACUAUAUGUACACAGAUGCAAAUAAAACAAAAAAAUAAAAAUAGCACACAUUAUAGUAACACUAAUACAUUCCUCGCUCAGAAUCUAAAAAACAACCGCGUAAUAUUAUGCAAUAUAGUACUCGUAUAUUAAAUUAUAAUAGAAAUUUAACGAUUAGACAUUUUUUAUAUAUAAGUGUUUACUCAAUAAUAUUAUACACGUGUCUUGUAAUAUUUUUUAAGGGCGUAUAUUAAAUUUUUUGUUUUAUGAUUUAUACGUGAUUCGCACAUACAAUGUAAUGUAUAAAUAAUUUAUAUAGUUUUUUUUUUUUUUGUAAUCUAUAAAAACAAAUGUAAAAAAUAUUUCCGGAUUUAAUCUCUAAAAAAUUAAAACAUAUUAAUAUUAUUCACGCACAUAAUUAAUGACACACACACACACACACGCGCGCGCGCACGCUUUAUACCGGUUGAAUCCUAAACAAUUAAAAAAAAAAAACGUUUCUAAAAACCAAAGUUGUAUGAGCAUUGAGCAUAUAAUAAUUAUUGUGCUAAUAUUUAAUGAAGUGUUAAAUAAUUAAAAGUUGGCUGGUUUACGAUUUAUACAUAUAUAAAUAAAUGUACGGUUUUUUUUUUUUACUACUAAAGUGAUAUUUACCGUUAAAUAUAUAAAUAUACCCACUGUAUUAUAGUGCCUACUUUAUUUUUAGAAUGUUUUUUUUUUUUUUUUUUGAUUCACAUCUAUAGAGAAAUUUUUCCGUUUUACAUUGAAGAUAAAAUUAGCAAUAGGUAAUCUAUCGAAAUCAGUGGCGUAACGAAUGACGGUGAGCGGCGACUUCAGCGUGCGGUGUGGUCCGGGUAAUCCAAGAGCCCGUGUAAAUGUGAACUUUUUUUUUAGUAUACAAUUUUAAUUCUUAAAGGGCCUAAGUACGAUUUUAUUUUUGUUCAACAACUUUCUUUGCGUGGAAAACUCUUUUACGAGGUGUAAAGUGGAGUGAACCGAUUUUAUUAAUUUUUUUGUUGAAUUCUUGCAUGGCAUAUUUGACUUUUAUAAUAAAAACUUUACUUCUUAACGUUAUAAUUACAGUUAAAAUAUGAUCAACUUCCAUAAGUAUACCUGUAAGCAGCUCUAAACCAUUGCUUACGAAAAAACGAUUCUGAGCGAAAUUCAGUUGAUAGUAAUGCUUUGUCAACAAUAUAUAACGAGUCAUUUUAUAGUAAAAUAAGUAAAUAGGCUUAAUAUAUUUUCUUUAAUAAUAUUGUUUAAUAUUGUACCGAUUUUCUUAAUUUACCUACGUUUUUCCCGGUUUUCCCAUGUUUUAUCUCGGUUUUUAACAUUUUCUUGGAUAACUCUUGGGAAAAUCAAAAAAUGACCUCUCUAAAAUACCCCUCUAGUGAAAUUUUUUUUUGGAAAUAUUGCUAUCAUUAAAUAUAGGAGGAAAAUUACUCGUAAAAAAGUAUAGGGGAAAAAUGGUAAUAUUUUAGUAAUAUAUUUCGUACAUUUUUCCAUUUUUUUUCGGUUUUCAAAUUUUAUAGAAAAACUUUUGAGAAAAUCGAAAAAUGAUUUCUUUAAAACACCUUUCCAACCGAUUUUCUUUCAGAAAAGGUACUUUGUUUAAAAAUCCGAGCAAGUCUUUUGUUAGAUAAGUUGUUAACAGAUAAAAAUAAAAUAAAAUCAACAUCUUUGUAAAUCCAUAAGCUUCUUUGCUCCACUCUUAAUCUAAAAUUAAAAACAAUUCAUACGAUUUAAUUUCCUCUUUUUUUAGAAAAACUUGAGUCACCAAAUAAAAUCGAUGAAGGGAAAACGAUUGUCUUCCUUUUAAAUAUCAAUUAAAAUCAAUGUUGUUCUCAUGAAAUCACCCCUUCGGAUCCCUACUUUAUUUGUUAAAACAUCUGUUACAUCUUUGCAUUAUUCAAUCGUAUAAUUUACAUAUCAUAUAAGAGGACAAAAGUUAAUGCUUAAUUACUUUUGAGCCAUUGUUUUAAACGUAGGAUAGCUUGUUUUUUAAUAUAACGAAUUAUCUAAAGAUAACCUCAGUUUUGAACAUAUAUACCUAUACAGACUGGGAUUGCUUAGACACUCGUCGGAAUUUUACUGAUUUCUUGUAAUUAUUUUGUUUACAAAAGUAUUAUGUUUCUUAUGUACAAGUAUAUAAGUAAAAUAAGAACUAUAGGCGCAAAUAGUACAAAUAAAUUGGGGUGGAUUUGACCUGUCCCCUCCAUAAUAUUGAGUGUGUACACAUUGUUUAUUAAAUUUAUUUAUGAGGAGAUAAAUGAUUACCAUCCAUAUUUGUGCCAAGUGAUACUUAUAAAUAUGAAUACUAAAAAGACAAAUAAAUAAAUUCGAAUUUGAUUACUAUAUUACAUUAUAUCUAAAAAAUAAAAUACUGCACAUGCAAGAACAUUAUGAUGAUUCGCUCAAAUAAUCGUGGACUAAACUCGACGUUCGGGUAUUCCCGUUAAAAUGUACUUGUAUUAAAUAUACAACAGUAUGGUAAAAAAACGAAGGAAAAAAAAUCGCAUUUUGGGUAAGUUUAAAGCGUAUUCUACGUGCGGGACCGACAAACAAAAUUACAUAAUAUAGUUCGUAUACAGUAAUUCGAGUGUGUUUGGCACCAGUCGCCUCUGUAGUAACAAAAAAAAAAAUGUUUUAAUAAUAAAACAUGUGCGCAAUCGAAAGUCGGUCGGCUGGUCGGCGAGAACGCAUAUUGCAUGUAUAUGUAUGAUUAUUAUUUGCUAUCAAUAGCGGCGAUUAUGUCGAUGUGUACAGCUAUUUCGGUGUAGAGUUAUUAGGUCCGACGGAUUUGAAACUGCCUCGGCGAAAUUGAUAUCUACACGCUAUAACUAAGUAAGAAAAAAUAUAGAAAUAUUUUCCAUUCGUUUCGACUAUGCGGGCGUGCUGAUUUUCUGGAUAUCUUCAUCAAAGGUUAUAAAUGUUUUAGGUAAGAUUUAAUCGUAGACCUAUCGUAUGGACGCGUCGAGAAAACAAAAACGUUCUGCAAAAUGAUUACGAGAACAAAUUUCAAAUUUAACAGCCCCCUUCUAACCGUUUUCCAUGAUUUGAAGCUAUUAGUUUUACAAAGAUGUGCUUUGUGUGGAUCUUUUCUACUAGGAAAACACUUUUACGGUCAGUAAAAAAUAACGUUCCGAUUUUUACACCUCAUUCCUUUAAAAUAUGCGAAUUUCUCAACUGACGGUAGGUACAAUUUAUGUAAACUACUUUUACUUGCGUAACAUUUUUAGAUUCUGAGCAAAGCGAGGAAUGCAUUUGUUUACAAUGAUGUUUAUUUUUUUUUUAUCUGUAAAAACUAAACUACCAGAAGUCUAGCUCCAAUUAUCAAGUUUAGUGCAUUUUCUGAAAAGAAAUUUUAUUUGAGUAGUACUUUAAAAUGGUCAUUUUUAAAGUUUUUAAGCGAUUUUUAUAAUAAUUGAGAAAAAUCGAGAAAAUUUACAAAAUGUAUUAUUUUCAAUUUAAUUAUGUAUUGUAAUUCAGUUAAAAAUAUAGAGACUUGAAAUUUGGACACAAGACUCAUAUUUACUAUUUUUAGACAUGGUAAAAUUUUCAUAACAUUGGAGCCAUUUUAAAGCUAUUUGAGACAUUUUAAUUUUGCGAGCUUUUUACGUAAUUUUUAUUUGAUAGGUACUAUACGGAUAAAAUUGUUAGACCAAACAGAAAUGCUUAAAAAUUUAACAGAAGGUUCAUUUUAAAUCGUAAUUUGUAGUUGAAAAAAAAAGAAAAAUUGAGUGUAAUGUAGAAUUUUUAUAAGAAUUUUUAUAUCAAAUUUUGAAGAAAAUCAUAAAUAUUACGGCCUUAUAAAACAUGUAUAACCCACCCAUCGUGCGAAAGAAAUCAGUCUUUUUUUUUAAAUUCUAUUACGUUAGUUAAUUAAGUUUUCUCAACAAAUGUGAAAAACGGAAAAAUAACUUGAGGAAAAACGAGAAAAUCGGUACAUUAAACAAAUAUUAUUAGUAAAAACUCGAUGGCAAUGCCUAUUUAAUUAUUUUACCAUAAUAUGACAUAUUAUAUUGUUGAUAAAGCAUCAACUGAUUAUCAACUGAUCUCCGCUCAGAAUCACUUUUUCAUUAGUAAUAGUUUAUCAUUGCUUACAGAUAUAUAUUAAAUUCCCUUCUGUAUCCUACCCUCCCAAAUUUCCACCAAUAACAGUGAUAGCACCUGCCCUAUUAUCUCUAGAAUAGUUUUUUAAAAGUAAGUAUUUAUUUGAUAGAUAAAAAAAUGUUCGUUAUCAUAAUAUAGAUUAUAUUAAAUCCACUGGAAUUCUUUAGACCAUUAUGCUCAUAUGCGAGGCCACAUAUUAAAUAUAUUUUAUGACUAAUAGGGUUUUUACUAUUCAAAUAAUUCAGUAUUAAUAUUUUAUUUUUUACAAAAAUAAAAUAACAAUCCAAAUUUUGAGGUUUUACCAUAAAAGUAUUAAAAGAGUAUUAGUGGUUUGGAAGUUUAAAUAUUUGACUGCACCACCAGAAAUCGAGACCAAUUUACUACUACCACUACUUGAAUAAAGAGGCUUAUUUUUACAGUUAUUAUAAUACUCAAAUAAUGAUAUUAUAUUAUUUAAAUACUAUACGCUUUACACAUUUUAAUGAAGUACCGGGACUACAUUAUUAAUGUACACAUUAGGUACGUCACACGGCCAUAGUAAGGUCCCCGGAAAUUUGAUAGCGUUCAAAGUACUUUUUAUAAAGUCAUUGGCCUAACUAUAACUAGUUAUCUAAAGGUCUCUAAAAUUAGUUUACAUCGGUAUUUAUACAAAAAGGUAAUUUUAUAUGCCUAUAAAAUAAUCUCACAAAUUACUCCUAAUUAAUAUUAUUAAGUAUUAGCUGCAAACUAUUUUAACUAGUUCAGUAUACUUACACACAUAAAACACAUUAUUUUUCGUAUCUAAUAUCUAUAAAUAUUUUGGUUUAAAAAUAAUGUAAUUUCAUAAAUAGCUAUAUAAAAUUACAAAUAUCAUCCGAAAUAAAAUAAGAUGAAAGUACUUACUACCUAUUAUUGAUGAAGUUUAAUCUUCAAAAAUUAUCUUUAGUCCCUUCUCGAAUUGUUCGAUUUUUUUUCUAUGAGAUACCAAAGUAUAAUAAUUAAAGUAUAACCUAACCUAACCUAACCAGUAUAAAGAUAAUUGUUUUUUUUUUUGUCAUAACCAUUAUUAUUUUCUGUAAACGAUUUUCGUAAUAAAUAAGUUUACUUAUUUAUUAUUCUGUAGUUAUAAUCCGAGUAUAGAGCAAAUUAUUAUAGUUAUAGUUGUAAUUAUAGAUAAGGCGUGUUUUCGCAAAAUUAGACGGCUUCGUUAUCAAUAUUACUGUAUUAAUUCACUGUAUCUAUCAGUAAACAACAAAAUUGUAGAUCAUUAGGAUACGUAGAUAGUUUUACAAUCGUGGUAAUAGUCAGUUAAACGGUAUUAUUUAAUUUCAAUUAUUUGCCAUGUAAGAGACAGCAAAGACAUUGCCCCGCUGUAAGUCACUCUUGAAUUAUUUAAAUUUACUUCCUCCCCCUCCCUCUCAAAAAAAAAUCUCAUAUACUAUAUGUAUCUAGCAAUUAUAUAAUAUUCUAAGUAAAACAUUUUAUUCGCUUGAAAGGUACUGAGGUGUCCGUAUGCUUUAUUUUCGAUGUGUAGGUAUAUUCCGUUUGUGAUUUUUAAAAUAUUGGACAACAAAAAAUACUUAACUAAUUAGAAAAACAUAGAAUUCAAGAUGCGCACAUAAAUUGAUAAUAUUAAUUCGACAGAAAACAAUAACAACUCAUCGAAAAUAAUUGUUUAUACUUGAGAGAAUGAAAAUUAUAACAUGUAUAAUUUUUUCAGUUGUAGAACUGAAUAAACGCCAAAAAAAAAAAAAAAUGUACUCUAAUCGUUUUUACACGAUCUAUCUGUUUUUAUUUUUAUUUUCAGAAAGCCUUUAUCCACAUACAAUAUUUGGUGUAUCGUUAAACGAAUGCCUAGAGCAAGAACGGUCAUCAAGAUCUCACUUAAAGGUUCCGACCGAGGCUCAAUAUAUGCCAAAAAAUCCACGUGGGCGAAGUAGUUUUUCAAGUUACAUUGAAAUUCCUAAAGAUUCUAGUGAGGUACGUGUAUUACAAUACUAUUGUAUACCAAAAUAUAUAUAUAUAUAUAUGUGUGUGUAUUUAAAAUUUACCAUGUCUUAAAAUAUUUAUUCAAGUCAGCAAUUAUUACGCAUUGUUAUUGUUUCAAAGUUAGAUAUUUUAGAUCGUGUCGUUUCUAUGCUUCUAGCGUUCACAUUCCUGUGACUCUACAUCAAGUACACCCGUCAGUGAGUUGAUUAAGACUUUUACAAGUUCUAGUUCGGAUAUUCUGUCUGAUGACAAUGACAGUGAUAUAAAAUCAAAAAAAAAUGGAGUUCCUAGUUUUGUCACAUCAUGUCUAAGCUACCUAGAAAAGUACGGGCUCCACAAAGUCGGAGUAUUUCGUAUAAGUAGUUCGAAAAAACGCCUAAGACAGGUAUUACUGUUUUUCACGUUCAAAAAAAAUAAUAAAACCGUAUAUUAUGUUAUUAUUCUUUACUUGUGUAACGACAAAACGGAAUUAUAUUGUAUUUAUAUUUUUAUUUUUAUCGUAAAAUAUUCGAAGCUUCGAGAAGACUUUGAUCAUGGAAAAACGUUAGAAGAAACCUUAUCGAAAAACGAAGAGCACGUCCACGACGUAGCUACCUUGUUAAAAGAAUAUUUUAGAGCAUUGCCGGAUUCAUUACUCUGCAACGAUCUUUACCAAUGUUUUAUACAAACUCAAAGUAUGUUUAAUGUAUAUUAUAUAAAUAUUGUUUCAUAAAAAUUAAAUAUUUAUUUCAACUAUCGUAACAACAUUUAUUGUAUUUGUGUAGAAAUACGUAAUAGGCAUUUGCAAUUAGACGCGAUUAAACAUCUUGUACAGUUGUUGCCCGUAGUCAAUCGUAAUACGCUCCACGCACUACUUAGCUUUUUGAGCAGUAUGGCGAAAUUUUCGGAAGAUUCAAAAGACUCGUUUGGUAAGUAUUAUACACAAACUUAUAAUAACUUAUAUUUUAUUGAUCAACCGUAGAAUAUUAAAUAACAAGAAGCAAACGCGUUCGCUAAACAAUAUUAUAUACCUACCUACUAACUUAAACACUUACUGCCUAAAAUUUAAAAAAAAAACUAAUAAUAAUAGUUUUUCAAAAAUACAAAUUCGAAAACAUAAAAACUCAUAUAUUAGGUUAUAUCACGACGUUGUAUAGAACGUUGUUUAAAUCUUAACACGGACUAGUAAAAUUUAAAACGACUGUUAUUUAUAAAAUAUUCAUCGGAUAUAAAUGUGUAAUACUUUAAAAUAUUCAAAAAAAUAAACUCCACAAAAAGACUAUCUUAAAAUUUUCCGAACAUAAUAAAACAAAGUUACUUUUUAAAUUUUUUACUAAAAACAAAAAAAUUUAAUUCAAAUAUAAAUAUUUGUAGUUCUUAUUCCUGUGAGUAAUAUAAAAAAAAAAAAACAUAAUUUGAUUAUCUUUAUUAUCUCCGGAUAUAUUAAAGGAGUAUAUCUUCGUGGGACAGCCUGUAUAGUGUUUAUUUAAUUACUUUACCAUAAUAUGACAUAAAUAUUGUUGACAAAGCAUCACUAUCAACUGAACUCCGCUCAGAAUCGUUUUUUCGUAAACAAUAGUUUAUCGUUACUUACAGAUAUACAUUAAAUUCCCUUUUGUAUCCUACCUUCCCAACUUUCCUUCUACAACAGUGGCUGUACCCGUUUCCAUUAUCCUAGGACAGCUUUCAUGUUUUUAAACAUAAGUUUAGACACCUUAAUAUAUCCCAUAGCUGCUGUAUCAUUUUGUUCGUCCAUCCAUAGUUACCGGUAUGAGCCUUAGACAGCUCUUCCAAAAUGACAUUUUCUUCUAAACAAUAAUAUUAAUUUUAAUUUUAUCAGCAUGACCAACCCCGAAAAACAAAAAAAUUAAAUCAUAUCAGAUUGACAAACCACACAGAAUUAAAGUAACUAAAAUCAGCGUACAAUGUAACUAAUGUCUAUCAAAGUUAACAAUUAUAACACCUCAAUAAGAAUAAUAAUUAAUAAAUAGUAAUAUAGUUUGUAUUUUUAAAUUAUAAUUAACUAUUAUUAUAAUAAUUAUAUGUAUUACUAUAAUAUUAAUACAAUAUUAGAUCCAUUGGUAUUUUAUGGUCUGAGCAAUAAUAAAAAGGACGGACAUAAUUCGCACGUAGACCCAGCCAUUGUUGUAGGUGGGAAAUUGAAAAGGUAGGAAACAGAUGGGCAUUUAAUGUUUAUCUGUAAGCAAUAAUAAACCAUUGGUAACGAAUAAACCUUCCUGAGCGGAGUUAAGUUGAUAGUGUUGCUUUCUUAACAAUAUAAAUGUCAUAUUAUGAUAAAAUGAUAACAACAAUCUACGUUUCUAUGACAACAAUAAUUUUUUAAAUAAUAAAUAAACGCGGUUGCUAAUGACAACUUUAUAUUAAUUCAUUCAAUCUUUUUUAACCUAAAGAUCGAGGUUUUCUUCAUUAUCUCAAAUAUUAAUGAGAAUUUUAAAAAUGACUCCUUUAAAUUACCACCCAGAGAUCAUUUUCUUUCAGAAAAGGUGCUAUACUUGAUAAUCGGAUUAUGUUUUUACUGAUAGAAAAAUGGUUCACAUUAAAAAAAAAUAAUAAUAAUAAACAUCAAUGUAAAACAAAUGCAUUCCUCUUUCCACUACGAAUCUAAAACACAUUCCCCGAUAAAUUAAAAAAAGCUGUGAUAAUGCCCUUAUUUAAAGGGAGAAAUCGGACGGAUGUAAAUAAUUAAAGGCCUAAGAUUUGCAAUUUUGCUAAUCUAUUAGAAAAAAUUAUUAAAAACCUACUUAUACAAUUUAUUGAAGUAAACAAUCUGCUUUAAAAAAAUAAUUUUAGUUUUAGAACAAGUCUAACUUCAGUGACACACUAUAUAGCUCGACAAUGUUUAUAAGCAAUUUUCUUGACAAUAGUGAAAAAACUUUGUUAAUUUGUUUAGAUAUGAAUUAUAUCAUAUGAUAAAAUAUUAUUAUUAUAUAAUAUUUAAAUCUAAAUUUAUAAUAAUUAUUAAAUAUUAUAUUAUUAUUCUUUUUGGAAUAAUUGGUACAUAUCUAAUGUUUGUUGAUUUGGUUGACAACGAAUUAUAUAGCAUUAUUAUAUAUUUUUAAUUUAAAAUUUAAAUUGGUAAUUUUAUUAUUGUUUAUUUAAACAUAAGUAUUAAAUAUACAUUCAUUCUAGCCAAUAUUAAACAUAUAAAGUAAUAUUAUAAGUAGUAUAGGUACUUAGAUACUUAAAGAAUUAUUUAAAAAUGCGCUAUUAAUUAUACUUAUAAAUUAAGAUGUUUAAUUUUUGUUUCUAAGUUAUUUCGUAUAUGGAACUAUAUAGUUCGCUCGUAGAGUGUGCUUUUCCGGCUUAUUUUUUUUUCCCAAUUCGAUGAGUACUGAUUUCAACGAGAUAUCGAUCUAAGUAAACUACAAUUGUUGCAGGCCAUUUAGUAGAAGGCAAUAAAAUGGAUGCUAGUAAUUUAGCUACACUGUUCGCACCAAAUAUAUUGCACAAAUCCAUUAAGGAACUUAGUUCCAACGAUUUAAGCGAAGAAAUGACAAUGGAAAGACGGUUGGCGAUCGAUGUGGUUACGUCUUUGAUAGUAAAUUACGAGUAUCUAUUCAAGGUAUGAUGAAAUAUUUAAUGUAUUUUACCUAAUCAUUUAUUAUAAGUUCAGCCCAAAUAUGUAAACAAUAAUAAAUAUCAAUAAUAUUGUUUGAAAUACCUAGUGCUGUCAGUGAUAUUCAAAUUAUUCACAUUGUCUUCAGUUGUAUUCAGGUCCGUUUAUAAGGAGGGGUUCAAUCACCCUUCCUUUCAUUUCCUUUGGGUUUUGCAUCUGGAUCAUUGAAAAUUAGAUAUUAGUUUUAUCAAAUUAAAAUUAAGUUUACUUCUGCAAGAAUACCGAAAAAUAAUGUAUGAUCGAAAAAUUACAAUUGUGCCCCUUAUUAAAAAUUCUCGUGGGCCUGAUUUUACCUGACUAAUGCGGUAGGUAAGCACCUACCGGUACUCGCCUAUAAAUUACAAUUUGUGUUACGUGUGUAUGUAUGUGUGUAUGUGUACCUCUCUUCAAAAAAGAAAAACCGUACCUAUACAAAAUAUACCAGCCGGUGUCGCGUUCUCUUGUCAUAAGAUUUUAAUUUAUUAUUAUUAUUAUUUUUUUUUUUAAGGUACCAGCCGACCUUCUUGACGAAGUAUACGUUCAUAUGCUCGAUACAAAUCCCGAAGGUCUAGACAAUGUUAUGAGGUUACGAUUUUCGAGCGCCGAGAAAACUAUCCAGUAAAUUUAAUACUGUUGUGUGCGUUAUUGUUUAAGAUACUAAAAAAAAAAUAAAUAAAAUAAGUGAUUUUUUUUCACAAUCAAAUAUAAUUUUUAUUUGUGUGUAUAUUAAAAAUUUAACAUAAAAUUUUCAUUAAUCAAUAUAAUACGUAACAUAUGCAUUCGUUGUGUUCGCCAUACAAACACACGACACAUCAAAUUUGCGUUCAAUAGAACCAAUUUUGUGCUGUUAGUUUUUAUAAUAUUAGUGUGAAUUAGCCUAUUGUCAAACUUCAAGGAAAACUUAUCUGUGUGAAUUAUUUUCAUUAUCUGUUUUAUAAUCCAUUUUAUUUUUUCUAUUGUAUUUUCUAUUUUUUUUUUUAUUUUUAAGCAAAUUAUAAUUGUGUAUAAUAAUGCAACUUAAAAAUCCUUUUAUCUCGGCGAAAAAUAAAAAAAUCAAAUAAACCUACUUACAAACACAGAUAAUUUUCUUCCCAUAAGUUUUAAAAUACUAUAAUAUUAAAACUCAUAACACACAAUUUAUUGGUUUUUCUACUUGUAAAUUCACUAGAUGGAGACAAUAAAUGCAUGAUUUGUAACGUCUUUUUAACAUGCAAAUAGCAUUUUUACCAACAUUGCUAACACAUGCAUUUGUAUUUAUAACGUGCAUAUAAUAUGAUAUAUUAGUGUGUUACUUAAUAAAUGUGUAAUGAAAAUUAGAUAAAAAUAAAUUAACUACCUGUUUUUAUAUUCCAUUGAAAAUUCUAACAAAAUGUAAGAGCCCUUUUGUUAAUAUUGUAUUUAGAGUACUCAUUUAAGGAUUAUUUUUUACAGUGUAUUUUGUAGAUAAUUUUUUUUUUUUUGUUGGUACUUAUUUUAUUGAAACUAAAAACUAAAAAGUAAAUUACUAAAAUUAAAUAUUAUAGCGCAACAAUUGUUAACAGUAGAAAAUACUAAACAUUCAAUUUAAUAUACAUGUUAGUACUUGCAGUAAACGAUUUUUGAAAAAAAAAUUACAAUUAGGGUUAAAUCACCAUCUAUGCCCAGUAUCUCUACUAUGGUCACUCAUUUUUAUUUUAUUCUUAAAUAGUGUAGAUAAUUUUGAAGUUUCAUAAGCCAUAUGGUUUUUGUCAUGUUUUCUAUAUUAAUUAAUUUACUAAGUGAUAUCAAUUAUUAUGAAAACAUAAAUAGCGUAAGAUGGUCAUAAAUGGGAAAAAGAAAUUUUAAAAUAUUAGUAAUAAUUUUUCAUUACAUACUGUUUUUAAGGUUGAAAUUAAAAUUUUGUAUUUUUGAUUCAAUUUUAAAUUUAUUUCAGUAACCGUAUAUUGAUUAAAUCAAAUAUGAAUAGGAAUUCUUCUUAAGAUAUCCAUAAGUAACUACUCCACUAUACCUCUAAAGUAGAUAUGACUAGUUUAAGUUUUAACUCACGUUCCUUUUUUUAUAAAUACUAUUAAUUCAUAACGAUAAUUCAGAAUACGUCGAAAUUUCCCCAUCCAUUUUAUAUACUAGAAAUAUGUUUAAUAAUUAAUAAAUAACAAUAAAUAACCGAUUAAUAUUAUAAUAAUAGGACAACAUUAUAAUACUUUCAAGAAAAUGGUCAAAUUUGAUCAUGAAAAAUGGAAGAGGUGUAAGUUGAAAAUUGAAACCCUCCAAAAACAUAUUCUUGUUAAUAUUUACUUCGUUCAGAAACUCUAUAAGACCAAGAAAAAAAAAUUCCACCAACCGCAACGACAUGAUUAAAUUCAUAAAUAAAUUCAACCUGACUUUUAUCACUUCAAUAAUUUACCUAAAAAACAACUCUAAUUAUUUGAGCUCAUUUGGCCCAGAUGGAGCCACGUCAGAAAAAUUAAAUAUAAGUGUUCUAUUAACAUUUUAAGUCCCUACAAAUAUUACUAAAUUACAUUAAAAAAGCAAAAUUUAAAAUUAUAAAAGAAUUAUUUUCGUACUUUUUUACAUUUUUCUAUGUGUUUUUCGGUUUUACUCAAUUAUUAAAAAACACCAAAAAACGACUUUCUUAGUAACUAACUAGAUUAAAAUUUCAACAAAAAAAAUUCAAAUUCCAUUGUUGGAACAAUAUUUAUAAUAGAAAACAUAAGCCGUAAACAUUCAAAAUAAUGAAAUCGUUGUGCCGUAAUUUGAAAAAAAUCGUAUAUUUCGUCUUUUUUGUUCUUUUUUUUUCAAAUUAUAUUGAACAAUACUUUAUAUAUGAAAUAAACUAUUUACUUUGUCAGUGGCUAUGUAUUAAAAGAAACAAAAUCGAUAUUUUGUCUUUUUGGAUUGGAGAAAUACUACUGAUAGAAAACAUCGUGUAAACAUAGGAAAAACGGUAACGCCGCGGCGUGCCGUAAAUAUUUGCCGUUUUACGUAUAGUUUUCUUUCUAAUUAUUUCCAAUUAUUUCGAAAACCCCUUGAAGAAUAAAAAAAUGUCCUCUCAAAAUACCAACUAGAGAAAAUUACUUUUCAGAAAAUGUGCUAUAGUCUAUAAUUCGAAGCAAGUUUUCUGAUUGAAAAGUUGUUCACAGACACAAAAAACAAUAAAACUACACAUACAUCAUAGUAAAACCAAUGGAAAAAAUAACACUAAAUAUGUCUUAAUUAUUGGUAACUCCCUGAUAAUGAAAUUUCUAGCUACGCCUUUUAUAUAUUAUGUUAACUGAUUUUCAUUUAAGUUUAAGAAACUAAUAUAUAUAUAGUAAAUUUAUUUAUAAAUAGACCGAUAGUUUCACGGUGUUCCGAAUAAUUAUCUUCAGCGUUAAAGUUAUGAUUUUUUUUUUUUAUUGCUUCGACUAUACUAUAUAAUAUAUUAUUAUAGCCGUGUUAAAUAAUAUUAAUAAUAAUAAUAAUAAUAAUUGUAAAAUACCGUGAAACGUAUGUGUUCAAAUGUUGUGUUUAACAUAUGUGUAUCAUGGUUAUGACGUUAAACCGCACUGCAUUUACAGUUUUAUUUUUAUUUUAUUUAUUUAUUUAUUUUUAUUAUUGUUAGAAAUGGAUCCUCUCAAGAACCAAAAGAAACCUUGUUACAAGUACAGAAAACCGGAGCCGUUAUUUUGCCAGAAAUCGAUUCGACUACCAAACAACCGGAAAGCCAAGAAAAAAAAAUCUGGACACGGGGAGAAUUCACUCACCAGAAUUGCGGAAUUGACGGAUCGGACGAUAACGAAGAUUAUAGAUAUAAGUAAGGAAUAAGUGAAAACGACAAACAAAAUUUAAACGUAUACACUGUUUACCGAUUCGCAUAAAUAACAAAAAAAUAAUGUCCGCUUAAUAUUUUUUUUUAAUAUUAUUAUUAUUUGUAUGUAUUAUUUAUUAUUAUUAUUAUUUUUUUUUUUUUGUGAUAUCGCGCACGUGAUUUCAGGCAUAGAGAACGGGAAACGCGAAAAAGCAGGAGCAAAGGUGUGACGGCUUUUUUCCCGGAUGACGUCGAAGCGUUUACAUAUCCUGUGUUCGAACGCAUGCAAGUAAACAGGAAAUUUGAAAAGCUAUCCAACAAUCAAGUACACGCCAACGGAAACCAAGUAAGUCAUAUCAUCGAAAUAAUAUGCAAUAUAUCAGUUGAAAAUGUAAUUAAUACACAUCAAGUCUUAACGGGUGAAUGGACAAAAACGAAAUUUUGACAAUUGUUCGCUUAUAUUUUUUGUACCGUUGAUUUUUCUGAAUUUUUAGAUUUUGAGCCAAGUUUUAUAGUCAUACAAUAAUGUGUGCAGUUUUUUUUCUGUAGGCAAAUGUCUUCAUGGAAUUUCGCUUCAAUAUAAAAAUUACAAAAGACCUAUUUUGAUAGGUACAUUUUAGAACAUUGAAGGCCGUGUUUUAAUUUUUCAAACGGUUUAUAUAAUAAUUUAGAAAACCAGAAAAAACGAACACGUGUUUACGGUGCUCACGAUUUAAUUGUUAUAAUACUUUUCGAUUUUUUUUUUUCAACCUGAAUUCUUGCCUUGGAUUUCAAGAAAAAUCUUUCUAAAAUAAAAUUUUGUUUAAUAAGUAAGAAAAAAGCUAAAUUUUUUUAUUUUCUGUGAAGAUUUAUAACUAUGAAGUUUAUAACUGAGAUAAACCAAAAAACGUAAAAAAAACGAGAAAGGUUACAACAUGCUGCGGUAUUAACGAUUUCAUUAUUUCCAUUUUGUUUUAGAUUUUGAGAACGUAUAGGUUUUACAAUGAUGUUUUUUUUUUUCUUAUCUCUGAACAACUUUUGUACCAGCAAUUUUGCUUCGAAUUACAAUACAAGCACUUUUUCUGCUAGAAAAUUUGACUGAAGUGGACUUUAAGAAGGCCAUUUUUUGACUUUCCCAGAUAUUUUCAUAAUAAAUGAGAAAAAUAUGGGGAAAACCGGAAAAAACUUAGAAAAAAUGGGAAAAUAGGUAAAAUAUUUAAUAAAUAUUAUUAAAGGAAAUAUAUAUUGCAUAUGUGAUUAUUUUACUAUAAUAUGAUGUAUAUAUUGUUGACAAAGCAACACUAUUAGCUGAACUCCGCUCAUAAUCUUUUUUUGUUAGCAAUGAUUAAUCGUUGCGUACAAGUAUACAUUAAAUUUCCCUUUCAUCUUCCCAUAUUUACAACUACAAUAGUGGCCCACCCGUCGUAUGAUCGUAUCUUUUUUUUAUUGUUUAUCAGAAAAAAAAAUCGUAGAUCCUUGAAAUUUAAACAGAGUACUCGUAUUAGCUGCUUUUUGUAAAUAUAGUCAAAUUUUUAAAUCAUCCUUUCAAUUUUCGAUCAAUUUAUAGAUAUUGGACAAUCUUGAUUUUUUUGUUUGGUUUUAUGUGGACACAAUUGUUUGAUCAUACAUAAAUGCUUAAAAGUUGAACACGAGAUCCAUUUCAAGCUAUACUUUGUGGCUAAAUAAAAGUUUAUCAUAAUUUAAUUGUUUUAUAUAUACCUACAUAUAUAAAUUAUAUAUGCGUUUUAAUUUCAAAUUCAAAAGGAAAUCGUAAAAAUAUGUUCUUUCUGUUAGAUACUAUUUUUCGAUUUAUGUAAGUUUUAUUUUUUGGCCAAGCCAUAAUAUAUAAUUUAACGUGAAUUUUAUUUGAUAUCAAACAAAAAAACUAAGUUUAAUUUGAAUAUUUUUUAAAAUUAUUUAAAUUCAAAUUUUGUCAAAAUGUUUGAAAAUGUCCAUCAUUUUAAUCGUGACUAACCGAACUUCGCUCAGAACCAUAUUUCCUCAGCAAUGAUUUAUCGUUGUCUACAGAUAUAAACUAAACAACAAUAUGUAUCCUACUUUCCUAACUUCCCACAUACAACAGUGAUAAGCACCUAUCAACAAUAACAAGUAUUUUUCUUUCGACAUAAAUAGGUCAUUUUGGUUAAUAUAGUCGAGAUUUGGUGUUAAUUAUUAUUGUAUGUGGAAGAAAAAAGUGUUUAGUAAAUAAAGGAUUGUAAAUUAAUCUAUAUUAAGAGUGUAACAAUACAACAUUAUGGCAUGGAGUUUUGGCUUAGUUGAAAGAUAAUGCACAAAAAUGAAAAUAACAGAGAAAGAACGGAGUCAAGGAUUCCGCGAUGGCAGUAGAGUACCCAGGAAUUAUCAAUGGGAAGGGUUGAAGCAAAUAAAAAUCAUGAAUAAAUCAUAAAUUCGUUUUCUCAACCCAAUUUUACUGUGGAAAUUGGUAAUUUUAAAGCCGGAUCCUAAAAAGGGUCAAUUUCUAAUCAAUAUGCUAAUAUUUUCCUCGGAAAUUGGCUGAAAUGUGCAUUUCGACAUUAUAUUACUCAUAUUUUUUUGUAUUUUAAGCCGAUAUAGGGAAGGGGUAAUAUAACUAUCUUUCCCUUGUGCACACCACUGGGUAAUGAAAAUUAAUAUAAAAAAAAAGUAAAAGAAAAAUCGUAUGAAAUAUUGAGAGAAAUAUAAAUGAGGUGUAGAAAAGAGUAUCGCAAGACUAUUUUGUAUGGUGCGGAAUAUUGAGUGGUAGACAGAAAAAUAGAAAAGAAAAUAUAUAACGAUGAUGAGAUGGUUAACUGAAUGCGUGGAUUGACAAGAGAAUAUAAGAUAAUGGACUAGUAUAUACGAGGUUACAUACGUAUACGUAACAUAUAAAUAACAUAUACGUGGAUUUGAUAGUACAUAAAAUGAGAGAAAAUAAACUAAAAAGUUUCAGCAUGUGAUGAUAAGAAAAGAAUCGUAAGCAAUAAUAAGAAUAGUAAUGAAAAUUAACGUAGAAAAAAAGUAGGGAAAGAGGAAGACCAAAAAAGAGGUGGUUGGAUACGAUUGAGAAUGAUGUAGAAGGCUGGUACAUGCAAAGAUGAUGAUCAGGUAAAGUGGAAGUUUAGGACGAAGGUGAGCGACCCUAAAUAUCUGGAAUGAAAGUGAAGGAGACGAAGGCUUGAUAUUUUAUUAUUGGUGCUCUACCAUAAUGUUCAAGAAAAAAAUGUCCGAAAAAUAAAAAAUACAAAUAAUUAUUUAUAAAAAUAAUUUUAAUAUAUUAUGUAUUUAAAUAUAUUUGACAUAGCAAUAAUAAUUGUAAAAGUUCGAAAUAAUAAAUAUUAUAUAUAUAUGAAAACAAAAAUAGAAGAAUAUAUAUGUAUAAAUGAAAACAAAAAUUGAAGAAAAAAUUGAACAAAACAAAAAAAAAGUCCUCACGACUCAUGUUCAUUCGUUAUUAUUUUUGUCAUCUACCUAAUCUACCUACUCUCUACAGUAUACAAGCCGAAAGUAAAAUUAUUAUUUACAAUAUUUUCUUCUUGUUAUUACAUUAUAAUAUAUAAAAUUAUAAUACAAAUAGCUAUAAACGUUUAUUUUAUUUUUUUAUUUUUCCACCGGACAUUUUUACCUAUAUCCAUUAUUAUUAUCACAAUCCCACCUUUUUUUUUUUCUUGGACUGUUCUUAAUAGACGAUUUAACUAUUUAAAUGAUCAUCCAACCAAGAGUAAGAGAAUUACAGCUUUUCCUCUUUUCGCAUAGAACGUAUUUAUGUAUUUAUACUAUUUUAUUAUUUCAUUGUUAAACAUGUUUCCAGUUACUCUUUUUACACUUCUGAAAUAUCGUUCUCUACACUGAGCCAUAUGAAAACGUAUUUAAAAAGAAACAUUAUCAGAAAAUUAAUUCAAUGGGCCAAACAAAAAAAAAAUAUAUAUAUAUGAUUAUUAUUGUAACACACCUUGGUUUUCAGAAUGGAACGAAAAGGACUUUCGAUAUUUAUACGUAAAACCUAUCCAACUUAGUCGAAGCAGUUAGUUGGCUAUUUCUACUACAUUAGCCGGCCUUUUGGACUGGUAUUAAUAACUAGGUUAUAUUUUACAGGUCUAAGAGACCAAGUACAACUAAUAAAUAUCAGAAUAUAAAUUAUUAAAUUAAUUUAAUAUUAAUUUAAUAUAAAUACACUUGACCUGAGUAACCAUGACCUCCCAGGAUGGUUAUGGAAAUAUAAGGUGAAGUGGAGUACGAGUUAAAUAUGGUGAUUGAUAUUAAAAAUUAAAUUAUUGUAACAAUAUAAGAGUUACACACGUGACGAUAUUAUUAAGACCCGGUUGUUGUUGGGACUUCACUAUGGUUCCGACUCGACUAAUUUAUUAUACACACAAAGGCACGCUCGUAUUCCACGCUCCAGUAGUAUGCAUAGCUAAGUAGAACGCGAAACGACGUACGAGAGGUGCUGUGACGAGUCAGUGAAACUGUACCACUAUACCAUAUUUAUUCAAAAUUAUCCUGUCAGGAUGAAAAUUUCAGAGAGAGGAAGGGAAUUAAAUCGCUAAAUGCAGAAAGGAAAAUGUUUAAAUUUCAACAUUUUUAAAUGAAGAUAAAACUAUUUAAUCUCAGGAAAAAAUUUAAAAACUAACGUUAUGUUAAUAACUACAAUAUAAUAAAUCAUAUAAUGUUAGAUAAUUUUAUCUAUACAUUUCCACAGUAAUUAAAUGAAGUAUAAUAUAUAAAACUCUGGGUGCUUAAGGAGUUUAUUAUCUUUCUUGAAAUAUUUUUAAACUUUAACAUGUGUUCUUUUUGUGUUUAGUGAUUUAAGUAUAAAUAUAGUUAUAUUCAAGUUAACAUUACCUACACAUAAUAUAAUAUUCUUAUUUGAUUGCUAAGAUUUUUUUAUACAUUUUCUUUUUAAGUAUUAAGUACAUUAGAACACAAAUUGAUAAAACACUUCUCAAUAUUCUUACUCACUUCCUCAUUCGCACAUAACUCAAACAAAACCUAUUUAGCCUCCCCUAAAUUCAAAUAUGUUACUGCUUCGAUCAUUGUGUUUCCAACGCUACAUUUUAUAUUAUUCGAGUUUCCCCUGUUAAAUAAUGUGAUUUAUCAAAGGCCCGAAAAAGUUACUUCGAUUGUACUCUUCUCUCACUGGUAAAUCUAACUCUGGUAGUAAACACUACACGUAUACACGUGUACACACUCGUGUAUACCCGCUUUAAAGUAAAAUAUCCAACAUGAUGAAAUUAAUACUUUACCAAAAUAUAAAUAUUGAAAACAUAAAAUCUUAAUAUAGGGGACGGUAUAAAGCUAAAUGUGUUAUUGCUCAUUAAAAACAUAAUAUUCGUUCAAUUAUCAGUUUUAUUUUAGGUAAAUGAUUACGAUGGCGUUAUUACUGCCAGUUUAAUGAUACCAGUGCCCGUAAAAUCUAAUUCUCCGCACCCGUUGAACGUAGAAGACACUGAUAUACCAUUUAUAGAAGACGAGAGCAGACAAACUAAUAGUGAGUACAAUGUUAUUAUUGUUUUAUAACAUUGUCUAUACAUUUUAGAACUUAUGCGAAACCCUGUGUCAAAUUGUAUCAACAUAAAACUUAACAAAUAUUUAAAAUAGGUAUAAAUAACUGAAAACACCAAAAUUUUUCCUAAAAUUAUACCAUGUCUAUAAAAUGCUAAUAGAAGUAUUCUAUGAAAAUUUCAGAUUUCUAUACUUUUUAACCAUUUAAUUAAAACAACAAAAACAAAAUCGAAAUUAACAGUAAUUAACAAAAUAAUAAAGUAAAACAAAAUUAUUAAAUGGUGAAUACUCGUAUAUAAAUAUAUAAAUACGAAAAAUGUAUUUAUGAAAAUAAAGAAUAAAUAAAUAAAUAAAUGCGUCGCCUGGAGUAUUAUAAUAAGUGUAUCAACUGUGACUGUGAUAUACCUGAUGAUGAAUUUUUAAUUCGAAACUGGUCGUAUAAUACACUUAUCAUAAUACUCCAGGCGACGCAUUUAUUCAUUUUUUAUUGUUAUACACGUAUACAUUUUUUUAUUUAUAUAUUUGUUUAUUAAAUUUAACAGUAAUCGUUUUUACUUAAAUAUUCUCGUUUUUUUUCCGGUAUCAUUUCCGGUUUUCUCCCAUUGAAAAGUACAAGGUAAUCAAUAAAUUACCUCCCCAAUGCAUCAGCUAGAAAAUAUUUACUACCAGAGACCACCUCUAAAGUUAAUUAAAUGAGCAAGACUUCUGGUACAUAAACCUGUCCAUAUACAGGGAAAAAAAUCAUACAUCAUAAAAUGAAUACAUUCGUUUCGCUCAGAAUAUUAAAUACGCAUUUACAAACACUACGUUAAUUUUUAACCAUUCUGUUCAAAAAUGAACAAAAUCUACCUAUCAAAAAAAAAUAAACAACAUUUGAAAUGAAAACAUUGAGAACUAUACAAUUUAACUAAAAAUAAUUAAAUUUAAGCAAUAUUCUGAUAGUAAUCGAGCUUAUAAAAUGUCAAUAAAUUAACGUAUUGACAAAAAAUUGUUAAAUUAUAGGUUCUGCGACUAACUACCAUCGUAUGGUUGCCACGGUAUCUUCAGACAGCAGUUCGGUGUCCAGUCCGCCGACGUCACCCGACAAUAUCACUGGGACGGUGACUUACGUCCCAGACAAUUACCAUAAGAAGAUCACGAGAUUCGAACAAAAAAGUGCCCAGUCUGUUAAAGACGUAUCCACGUCGAAGGAUAACGUGGAAUCCGAUCACUAUAAGACGGACAAAAAGGUAAAAGAUAAAGACAUCAAGUUCUAUCAAAAAAUUUUAUCCAGUACGGGGCUGGACAGGCUGUCGAAAAGCGCUAGUGCCACUGGCGUUCCCAAGACUACCAUAUACAAAGAGAAAUUGAAACACGGACACGACGAUACAACUUUAUCUCCCGUGAGUGUACAAACAUAUUUUAAGCAAAAAAAGCCAAUUCAGUUUAUAAUUGUUCUAUUUCAUUCCCGAGAACUAAAAGUUAUAGCCUCAAUAAAAUUAUUAUUAAUUACCCCGUCUUUUUAAACUUAUUCAGAUAUGAUGUACUGAGUUCCCAUUUAAACUAGUUAAUUCAGUUUUGAUAUCAUGGCUUUAGUUUAAUAUAUUAUGUAAAUAUUAAUAUAAAAUGCAUGGGCGUCCCCAGACAAUUUUCUAGGGGGGGGCAAAAUUAAUUUUAAAAAAAAAUGAAAAUUUUUUAUACAUUUUAUUUAUAGUAGGUAUAUUAUUAUAUUUUGUCAUUAUUACAAUGAAAACAUUACAAUUAGAUAUUAUUAUAAUACAUUAGUCUUUUUCAUUAAAUAUAAAUUUCAAUAUCCGUGGACAUUCUCUACCAAAUUGUGUCAGUGCAUUUUCAAUAAAUUUUUUUUUAUCUGAAUUUACUUUUUCUCUAUGAACACUCAACAUGCAUAUUCCACUCAGUCUGUCAUCACCCAUCGUUGAUCGUGACCAUGUCUUAACACGCCUUAAUGUACUAAAAGAACGUUCUGCUGUACAAUUUAUUGCCGUGUUAGCACCAAAAAAUACGAUAAGAUAAAAUAAUCCGAUUAUUAUUAAUGAUAGUUUUUAUGGAUAGCCGUGCGCUGACAUUUAGCAACGUAGGUAGACCUAUUUUUGGAAGCUAAUUUCUCAUUGGGAAUUUUACCAAUUGCUAUAUAUAUAUAUAUAUGCUAGCUGUUCCGCCCGGCGUUGCCCGUGCCAAAUAAAUGUGUAAUAAAAACUAUGUCCCCCCCUAGAUUUCUUGUUUCAAUAUCCGUCACUAUUACUGCAGUUAACCGUUGUUGCCCUUNAUGGUUAGCCGUGCGCUGACAUAUAGCAACAUAGGUAGACCUAUUUUUAGAAGCUAAUUUCUCAUUGGGAAUUUUACCAAUUGCUAUAUAUAUAUAUAUAUAAUAAAAUUCCAGGGGGGCAAGUGCCCCGUCUUGCCCCCCCCUGGGGACGCCCAUGAUAAAAUUAAGAUUUAUACAUAUUUUAUUGGAUGAGAAUAAUAUUGAAUUGUGUGCAUGUGUAGCUGAUUUGCUUUCAAUGUUUAAAUGUUAUCGAUAAAACUUACAAUCAGAUUACACACAAUUUCUCGGUAUGACUGUGAAAACUGUAAUAGUAAUUUUAUCAACUUAACUCGUUGAAAACGAAUAAUCUUCUUAGGGAUUAGGUUAAGGUUCUUAACGGAGCGCUUGAUAGGAAAAACCAGUAGAGAGCGGGUAAUACUUUGAUUCCUUAAUGACAAAAGUCUUUGGAUUAUCUCUCGAAAUUUCUCUUCCCGUUUGUGUAUUAUUGUGUUAACGUGCGUCGUCGUCCCCUUAACCGCCAAACCUAAAGACACGCGGGGGUUUUAUUUUUGUGUUUCGCAGGAACCGGUGAAAGUGUGUUCAAGCAUAACAAACAUCGGCGGGGCGGUGUUGCGGUCCAAGACCGCGGACAUCGAACACAUACUGAGGAAACAGGCGGCCUCGAAACCGCGAAAGGUCAGCCAGUCGUCGGAACCGCCGCCACCCGGUGACAAACCCAAACGAAAGACAUCGGCCGAAGCCACCAGGCACCCGCUGUCCAGGACGGAACCGGACAACGUCGUCGGCGAACGGUUGGCCGGUAGUUCGUCUUACCGGUCGCCGUCGCCCACGCGAAACGUUUGGCGGCGAAAGGACGUGAUAUCCAGCAUGCCGAAGUACAAAAAACCGUACAACUGA